AUGUCUGGAUCGAUAAGAAAUCACCUGAAACUAUCCAAUGCUAAGGAAGAGAGGAAGGUAAGAGGUGAACUCACUUACAGUUUGUACAUCCUGGCACAUAGUUCACCCUGCCUGGCACUGCUCGGGGCUUGGCAUAGUUCAUAAGGCAUAAAGCACUGCAUAGCCCAUGGAGCAUAAUGCCUGGCAGAGCGCAUUGCUUUCCCAGCCUGGCACAGUCAUGGGGCAUUAAGCAGACAAAGUCUGUCUGACAGAACUUGGGGUAUAAAAGCCUGACAUCUUUCCCAGCCUGGCAGAGCUCACAGCUCAGUCUGCCUGGCAGAACUUACAGGGUAUAAUGUCUGACACGUCUUUGACAGCCUGGCACAGCCCACAGCUCAGUCUGCCUGGCAGAACUUAUUGGGUUUAAACCGGACAUCUUUCCCAGCCUGGCACAGCUCAGUCUGACUGGCAGAACUUAUAGGGUUUAAAUUGGACACAUUUUUCCCAGUCUGGCACAGCUCACAGCUUAGUCUGACUGGCAGAACUUAUUGGGUUUAAACCUGACACAUCUUUCCCAGCAUGGCACAGCUCAUGAUGCACAAAAAACCUGUCACCGCUCACCGUGUUUAGUUCAUAGUUCAGGGAUGCAUCCUAACAAAACUGAGACUUGAAGAUUUCCCUAUUUAAUUGGAGAUGGUUUUAAAUCACAUUUAUCUGAGAACACUCACAAUGAACAUUUAGAACAUAUUUUAACGGCUUGCUUAUAUGUGAUUAUAGUGAGCUCCAACAUUAUCAGGGACCACAAAUGAUGCGUUGAAAUCCAGGAACAUAUUUCUUGACAUUCACUAUUCAAAGUAUUAUGGUAUAAAAAAAGAAGGGUAAACGCCUACUGUAAGUCUUAUAGUACAUCAAUAGCUUCAAUUCUGCAUUUGUGCAUAACUUUCUGGCUAAGGGUGAUAAGAGUUGCAAGGCCACAGAUAGACUAGACUUGCUGAAUUAUUAACAAAAUCUAGUUAGAUGUGAUGCACAGAUAUGUCUGUGCUGCAUAUCUACCUGCAGUGGGCAAUUUCACAAACAAAUUAAUAUAGUGGCGAAGAGGUUAUUCAGCAAACAGUGUGUUUUGGUGGAAUGGCAAAUGAACGUUCUACAAUUAAGCUAUCUUGUCCAACAUUUCCAAGCCAGUUGUCAAUUAAUCACAUUUCUCAGUGACUUUUACCCAGGGCCGGAUUUACAUGUCAGGUGCCUGUAGUCACAGAAUUCUAAGGUGCCCCAUUCCCCUAAAAAGUAGAAGCCAAUAAAGUGGGUUAAAAACAUUUAUAAUUUGGACUUUGCUGGCAUAAAACAUCUGGACAUAUAUAAUGUAAUGUAUUUUAUUUUAUUUGAAACUGUGAUUACAUGCAACAAGUUAAAAGUGGUGAGGGUAAAGGGGUUAGAGAGGGGUUAAUUUUAGAGUUAGAUUAAAUAGGGUGUUUGAUAGGAAUGUUUAGGAUCAUUGGAUUUAUGGUUAGAGUGGGGUUAGCUUUUAGAUUGGGAUACAAGUUAUGUUUAGUUUUAAGAGGAGUUAAACCUAAGUUGGAAGAAAUAUAUAUUUUUUGAGUGCUUAAAACUGGGAACAAUGUAAGGGUUUCUUUAGGUUUUGGGAGGAGUUGAAGUAAAGCACUUACUGUCCUCUGUAGUCCAGCCAGCCUCCUGUAAGUGAUAACAGAGCUGCAGUAGUUGUUAUAUAAGGUGCAGCACUCAAUGCUGUCCAGGCUCCUCCUGCUAGGCAUUCCCUGUGUGAGAGGCUGUUACUGGGUAGAUGGGAAAUCAGAACUUCCUGUCCAGCUUCACACACAGACACUGAAGGAGCAGGGACAGCAUUGAAUUUUAGCUCUGCUAUCAUGCAUAGGAAGCUGGCUGACAUGCAUAGGCCAAGACUCCUUGUACUUAUCUCCCCAGUCCCCACCAGCUCACUUAAAAGUAACACUAUAGCAUCAGGAAUACACAUCUGUAUUCCUAAGGCUAUAGAGUCCCUCUAACUAGAAGUAUUAGGUUCUCCCCAGAAGGCUCUCUCGGCAUGGCUGACCUCUCCUCCACCGUGAGGGUCCAAUCCAAUGCUCCUCAGAGAAGCAUUGGGGACCUAAGGUGCAUGCAAGGCAAAUACCAAGCUCAUCCAAAAUUCCCCAUAAGAACCUAUGGUGCUUCCGCGUCAAAUGUUACUUGGUCUGUGUCAGUAUGACAGCCACUACAGGAGUUCUCGAAAACUGCAAUGAUUUACAUUGCAGGAGUAAGGGUUUUAGGGACACUGCACCCAGACCACGUCAAGUAGAUGAUACAAAAAGGCACAUUGUAAGUUCUAAAAACAGACCCCCCCUAAUGAACAUGCACCUGUAGGCUGGUGGUGACUGUCGAUUAUGUGAUAUCCUGCCCUGACUAAACCCUAGACUAUAUACAUCAGUAGUAGCCAUACAUUAGCUUUCCAACUAUUGUAGAACUACAGACCUCAUGUUGCAUUAAAAACGUGCACAACUACAAGAUGGCUUAUCCAGGCACCCAUUUCUGAUCCGAGGGAUUAUCAGGUGAUUACCAAUGUUUUUUGAGAUUGUUCAAAUAGAGCACACGUAAAGGGACACUAUAGGCACCCAAGCCGCUUCAGCUCUGCAUGAGGACAAUCCCACAGGAAAACGUUAAUUUAAUGCUUUCCUAUAGGGAUUUCCUAAGGUGUUCACCUCACAUGCGCAUUAGUUCCCCACGUUGGAGGGGGUGGAGCUCCUACCCAGCGAUGAGGAACAUCGGCGCUGGGAUCAGGUAAGUAAAUAAAAGGGGUUUUAACCCUUUAUUGGAUUGGGAGCACGAGGAGGGAGACAGAGGCAGCUAUAGUGUUAGGAAUAGAAGAUGGUAUUCCUAACAUUAUAGUAUCCCUUUAAGAUACAACAAACUUUAACAUCAAUCAUUAUUAAGCAGGUGUCGCCACCAGGGAACACUUACACAACCAGGUAAUCAAGUAAUAUUAAAAUGUACACACAUGAUCAUGUUUUGCUGAUAAAAGCAGUAUAAUUAAAAUUGAAUCUGUAUAUCUAUACUUGUCUAAGACCAGAAUGUCUAACACAAUCAGCCAGCCUAAACCACCACUACAGUGAAUGUCUUCUUCAAUCUUUAUCACAGCUCAGGAAGCCUCUCAUUGAACGCAAACGGAGAGAGAGGAUCAACACCUGCCUGGAGCAACUGAAAGAGACCGUGGUCAGAGUGUUCCAGCUUGAUGUAAGCCAUUGGUGUAGUAUAUUCUAUCACCACGAUUUGCAAAGAAAUAUAGAAUGUGACGGCAUAUAAGAACCAUUCGGACUAUCUAGUCUGCCCAAUUUUCUAAAUACUUUCAUUAGUCCCUGGCCUUAUAUUAUAGUUAGGAUAGCCUUACGCCUAUCCCACGCAUGCUUAACCCCUUAAGGACACAUGACAUGUGUGACAUGUCAUGAUUCCCUUUUAUUCCAGAAGUUUGGUCCUUAAGGAAUUAAACUCCCUUACUGCACAAAGCACUAACAUAUACCAUGGCACAGCACUAUACACACACCAUAGGUUCACAUAGCAAAUUACACAGCACCAUUCACACCAUAGGUACGAACAGCAAAUUACACAGCACUAUGCACACCAUAGGUACGAACAGCAAAUUACACAGCACUAUGCACACCAUAGGUACGGACAGCAAAUUACACAGCACUAUGCACACCAUAGGUACGGACAGCAAAUUACACAGCACUAUGCACACCAUAGGUACGGACAGCAAAUUACACAGCACUAUGCACACCAUAGGUACGGACAGCUAAUUACACAGCAUUAUGCACACCAUAGGUACGGACAGCAAAUUACACAGCACUAUGCACACCAUAGGUAUGGACAGCAAAUUACACAGCACUAUGCACACCAUAGGUAUGAAGAGCAAAUUACACAGCACUAUGCUCACCAUAGGUAUGGACAGCAAAUUACACAACACUAUGCACACCAUAGGUACGAAGAGCAAAUUACACAGCACUAUGCAUACCAUAGGUACACACAGCAAAUUACACAGCACUAUGCAUACCAUAGGUACACACAGCAAACUACACAGCACUAUGCACACCAUAGGUAAGGACAGCAAAUUACACAGCACUAUGCACACCAUAGGUACACACAGCAAACUACACAGCACUAUGCACACCAUAGGUACACACAGCAAACUACACAGCACAGGUAUGUACAGCAAAUUGCAUAAUGGUGAGAUACCAAAAAUAGCUAUACUUUUAAAAAAUACUAAUUGAACAAAUUAGGUACAAAAUUUACAUUUUUAUUAGCUCUAGUGUGAUACUUAUGAUUUUGUUUUUUCUUCAAAACCUAACAGGAUAAUCCAAACUGCCCAUCUAUUCUGCUUUCACUAAGAGUUCAUUUAAUUUAUGCUACUUUUUAGCUUGUGGCUAGAAACUUUUGGAAAGUCAUAAAUAAACUUCAAACUCCCCCAAUCCACUCCCAACCCUCCACUAUCAAAGUGGAUAACCAAACCUUGCAACUUCCCUUAGAUCUUUAUUUAGAUCUAACUUUAAUUUUAGACAAUUAUUUUGUCGGAUGCUCUACUGCCCUGAUUGCCAAACUAAUAAAUGACACGCAUCCUGAAACUACAAAUGUGGAUCAGGUCCCACUAAAUUUGCGAAGGCCCAAUACUACUUUGGUUUCUAAUUAUCGCCCAAUAUCAUUGCUCCCGGUAUUGUCAAAAUCUUAGAAAAAUUUGUCCAUAUGCAACUAUGUGAGUACUACCAACAAUUAAACUAUCUGACCCCUGAUCAAUCGGGCUUUCGCCAGAAUCACUCCACUACAACUGCCCUCCUAAAAGUUUGCAAUGACAUCCAAACUGGCAUGGAACAAGGAGCCCUAACUGGAGCUAUUUUCCUUGAUUUUGCUAAGGCCUUUGACACAGUAGACCACAACAUUCUACUGCACAAACUCAAAAACACAGGUAUUGGUGAUCGUUCGCUAACCUGGUUUCGAUCGUAUGUAUCGGAUCGCUCGCAAUAUGUGUCCAUUUCUGACAGCGAAUCCCUCCCUCUCCCAGUCACGUGUGGUAUUCCCCAAGGUUCCAUUCUCGGCCCCCUACUAUUUACAUUAUUUAUAAAUGAUCUGCAAAUCCUCAAAUGUACACAUGUACGCAGAUGACACAGUAAUCUAUGCGAGCAAAUCCAAUUUACCGCAGCUUGAGGCUGUGCUCCAAGACCAGUUUACAGAGGUAGAAAAGUGGAUCGCAAAAAACAAACUCUUCCUGAACACGGACAAAAAACUGUCACAAUGAUCUUUGGAACAGUACCUAAAUUACACAAAUUACACAAUUCCCACCUAUCAAUCAAAACAAAUUCAAAUAGCACACUGACCGCAGUCCACUCUUUCAAAUACUUAGGUAUGAUGUUAGACCCCAAUCUAUCUUUUGGCCUGCACACAGAAAAGCUUGCAUCUAAACUUUAUCCAAAACUAGGUGCCCUGUACAGAAACAAAUCCUGCCUAAGCCCUACAGUAAAGGAAAAGAUUGUACAGAUGCCAAUCAUUGAUUAUGGGGAUGUAGAAUAUGCAUCUGCACCGCAAUCCCACAUUAAUAAACUCAACACAUUGUAUAACUUGUUCUGCCGAUUUGUGCUACAAUGUAAUUACAGGACUCACCAUUGUGACAUGCUAAAAGAACUAAACUGUCUGUUGCUGGAAUCCAGACGCACCCUUCAUCUUUCCAGCCUUGUGUUUAAAGGGACAAUAUAGUCACCUGAACAACUUUAGCUUAAUGAAGCAGUUUUGGUGUAUAGAACAUGCCCCUGCAGCCUCACUGCUCAAUCCUGUGCCAUUUAGGAGUUAAAUCCCUUUGUUUAUGAACCCUAGUCACACCUCCCUGCAUGUGACUUGCACAGCCUUCCAUAAACACUUCCUGUAAAGAGAGCCCUAUUUAGGCUUUCUUUAUUGCAAGAUCUGUUUAAUUAAGAUUUUCUUAUCCCCUGCUAUAUCAAUAGCUUGCUAGACCCUGCAAGAGCCUCCUGUAUGUGAUUAAAGUUCAAUUUAGAGAUUGAGAUACAAUUAUUUAAGGUAAAUUACAUCUGUUUGAAAGUGAAACCAGUUGUUUUUCCAUGCAGGCUCUGUCAAUCAUAGCCAGGGGAGGUGUGGUUAGGGCUGCAUAAACAGAAACAAAGUAAUUUAACUCCUAAAUGACAGUGAAUUGAGCAGUGAAAUUGCAGGGGAAACAUCUAUACACUAAAACUGCUUUAUUUAGCUAAAGUCAUUUAGGUGACUAUAGUGUUCCUUUAAGAGUUUUUCUGGGAAACUUCCACCCUACCUGAACAAAAUGCGUUCCCCAGCUGUUCCCACUUCAUAUAACCUCCGAUCCAGUACCAACACUUUAUUUAACCUACCGCAAUACAAAAAGAACGACCUCCCGCACAAUUUAAAAUCUUCCCUAAGCCUAAAGUCCUUUAAGAGAUCCCUCUCUACAUACCUCAAAACAGAAUGCACCUGUCAUGGUUGAUUAUAUAUUUCCUACCUGUUCUAUGUUAAAUGUUGUAUUUAUUGUGUAUUAAUAUUGGUUUUGUAUUUUAUUGUACCCUAAUGUAACAAUGCAAUGAUUUGUGGACCCAGGACAUACUUGAAAACGAGAGAAAUCUCAAUGUAUCUUUCCUGGUAAAAUAUUUUAUAAAUAAAUAAAAUAAAUAAUUAAUGAGUAGCAGGGUUUACUAAAUGUAAAAUUUCAUCAGUAGGAACAGAACAUUCCUGGAUACCGCUACUUAAAUCCAGUUACUAAGUAGUGGUAAGUACUCCUAUUAUUCUCUACAGGAGAUGCCAACCGCUACUUAGCGACUAGUUUCCAAGUGGUUUCUGGACUUGUCACUACUGUUAAUGGUUGAUGUGAACCAGUCUAUUACAUAGUUCAAAUUAGUUAACGACAGCUAAAUCCUUAUAUACACUACGGAAAAAAUAUGUUAGCUUAACGGCAUUACAUAGAAACCUUAAAGCACGUAUCAAAACAUAUUAAACCAUAAAAUCGAACUGCAAAAGGCCAUACACAUGCUGUAAAACAAAAUUAUUCUAGAAAAGUGCAUGUUUCUUUUAAAUGAACAAUAGUUCCAUAGAGAUGUAUCUGUCAUGUCACAAUAUCACUGUUUAAUGCACGGUAUACAGUGUCCCUAUCUGCUGCUAAGGCCAAUCACAGGGUGAAGUACACAUGCUCUGUUUUUAUUUCAAAAUAAUAUAUUUAUAGCACAAAAACUAACUACAUUAUUGAGAUAUUAAUAAUUAAUAUAUUAAUAAUAUCUUCCAAUAUAGCAUAUUAUAUCUUCCUUUAAAAUUUUGAGUGUUAAAGGAACACUUCAAACACCAUAACCACUCCAGGACACUGUAGUGUUUGUUUUGCCCCAAAGAUAACGGUUUGACUUCUUACUUGGUGGAUCACGAGGCACCGCUCCACACCUUCUUUGUGCCGGUGGCUCUCUUUAUUCACCAGAUGAUGCUCUCAGUCAGUGAGCUAGCCCUGCACUGAAUGGCUUUGCUCGGUAGAGCUAAUGGUAGCUUCUACGCAGAAGCUUCCAGUUUUCCUUCCGGCAGAGAGGAGGCAGGGAGCAGCACCGACGGACUUAAGAUAAGAAGUCUAACUAUUAAUAAUCAGUUUGACUAUUUACAAUGGGGGUUUGUGAGUGCACUCCAGGCAGCAUUACCACUGGUACUCCUUAGGCCAGGUUACAAUGGGAAAACCGCUGUUGCAAAAAGGCACAUCAUAAUUUCAUAUGGUCAUGAAGUGACAGGAAAUGAGCAUUCAAGGUGAAUAUUUGAAAAGUGUUUAUGGCAAAUAUGUUAAACAUUGCUAUGGCUGCUAUGCCAUGUUAGUACACAGUACAUAGACAGGGGGACACAACAUCUGUAGGGCUGUUUCUGGGUUCUCUGGAUGACUUUGUUUGAUUUUCUUCAAGUGUCAAGUUUGCUGUGAAAUACAUGCGGUGUCUGUGUUACAUUAUGUGCAAUUGGUAUCUAUAUGUGAUUUUGUUAGUAAAUUAAUAACUCAUCAUUAGUGAUGUCCCGAACGGUUCGCCGCGGACUCAUCAUUGAGUAACCUUUGACCCUGUACCUCACAGUCAGCAGACACAUUCCAGCCAAUCAGCAGCAGACCCUCCCUCCCAGACCCUCACACCUCCUGGACAGCUCACUAAGAAUGCAGCUUCACAAUGGAUGCGGUCCAGGAGGUGGGAGGGUCUGCUGCUGAUUGGCUGGAAUGUGUCUGCUGACUGUGAGGUACAGGGUCAAAGUUUACUCAAUGAUGAGUCCGCGGCGAACCGUUCGGGACAUCACUACUCAUCAUAUCAGAUUCCAAUGUAAUGUGAUGUUUUUAAACAAUUCACCUCCAAUUCCAGUGCUUUUGCAUACAGGAUUCCCUUUACAUUUGCUCUUCAUCAUACCCUUUACUUGACAUGAUGUUAGCACAAUACGUGCUAUGAGUGAAUAGUAAAGGGAACCAUAAAACAUGGUAAUUAAUGUUGGAUAAUCCAUAGGGGCAAAUACAGGCAACGCCAUACCAGAUAAAUGGUAAGGGAAGCAACACAGUGAAGGCCCCUUCUCUUGUUCUUUACCAUGUUAUUCUGAAAUGUGGCCACUAGAAGGCAUCAUAAGUCCAAGUGUUAAGGUUUUAUCUGAAAGACUAUUUUUGGGAAACUGUGUAAUAUGAAACUAUAAUUCUAUACAGAAUGCAUACAUAAAUUUCCUCAGAGUGACUAGACCCAUUUUAAAACACACUCAACAUCCUCUGUUCAUGUGUACAACUUGUAUUGUUGCAAAUACUUGUCUGUUAGUCUAACUGUAGAGUUGGUCAGUACAGUGCUGCGGAAUUUGUUGGUGCUUUCUAAAUAAUAAUAAUAAUAAUGGGUAAAAACCUAGGCGUGGGGUCUUGUCAUCUUUCACUGAUCACUAUAUUUUCAUUUGUACAUUUUAGGUGUCAGAAAGUAGAUUCCACAGGACCUUAGGCAUGGUACCAGUUCAGGGCCUCCCUUCAGUCUUAGUAUGUGCCAAGUUUGGGCACGUAUAUUUGUGGUGCGCUGCCCCUAACACCAGUAUGUUAAAGUAUGAAUCUGGGCAUCAGGAACAAUACAAUGUAAUUAAUAAGGAUUGUGCUCAGGACAAUUAUGUGGCAGGAUUUUAAAAGUUGGAUUAAACAGUAGCAACAUUCCAUUGGUUUCCAUGGUGACUUAAAUCCGAUCUUAAAUGGUGGCUCGAAUUCCGAUCUUAAAUAAACUCCCAUUGUAGGUUUUAACAUUUUUUUAAUGAAAGUCGACAAGUUUAACAUAGACAGUGAAUAUGAAUACUUCACCGUGACUCCUGAGUAGUUGUGUACUGUCUUUUCAGCAAUCUAAGCUGGAGAAAGCAGACAUUCUGGAGAUGACAGUCAGACAUCUGGAGAAUAUCCAGAAAACAAAAAGUACAGGUAAGACAGAUCUCUGGAUAAGCAUGGAAAAAGAUGGUCCUAGCAGACCAUGGAUUGUGUACUUGGGACUCCAGUGAACCUAAAUAUGUGACUUUAAUGACAAUGCCUAGCAUUCUGUGAGGUUUAUAAACCCCUUUUGUGGCAUAAUAGCCACAUUCAUCGAUUCCCACAGUUCUCUUCAGUUUGAAGAGUUGUGCUGUGAGCUUGCACUCACAGUAGAACCCCAUACCUGACCGGAGUGUGGUGUUCUGAGCAGGGCAGGGCAUGCGCAUUCAUAGAACAAUUCCUGCAAGGGAGACUGACAUGCAGUGCAUAAUCAUGCCAUCCAAAAACUGAAUGAAUGAGUAGGGCAUUUAGACUUCUGCAUAUGUUGUCAAUGGGUAGGUUGCCACAGUUUUAGAAGAAAAUUUGACAUCAUUCAAUUUUAGAUUUGUAGGGACAGCGUUCUAGAACCAUAACCAUUACAAUAAACUGUGGUGGUUAUGGUCAUUGGCGUAUUUAAAAUAUAUAUAUAUUUUAAAUAAAGCACAAUCCGUUUAUUUAUAAGGCAUAAUACGAAAUGAAAGCAUCUGUGCCAAAGUACAAAAAGAGGAGCAAUCACCCUACACUGUUCUUGUCCACGGAUCCAAUUUUAUAAAAAAAAAAUAAAUAAAAUAAAUAUAUAUAUAUAUUUUGCCUAAGGCUUGUGGUAGCAGAAGUAAGGAUGUACUGUAGGUGUGCGCAGGGAAAAUGCAGAUCUUUUCUUAAAGAUUCUGCUAAGGAUACAUCUUAAAGGGAAAGUCUGGGCACCAAAACAGGCUUUGGUCACCUUAAAAUUCUGGGGGGUUUUUUGUCUCUUUUAAUAGUGUUUGCAAAAAAAUUUAAUAUAAAAUGUUUCGCCAUAAGCUUGACUCCUAAACCACGUAUCUGAUCUAAAAAAAUAUUUGCUUAUCGAUGUAUGUACACAGUUCAGACACUGACAGUAAUGAGUGAGUUUAACUACAAUAAGCAAAGCGGCCUAAUUUAGAAGGGGAAGACAUCCAGGCAGACAUCCAGUAGGUAUAUCGCUACAUGCAUGUCUGUUUCUCUGUCUUUAGUUUGGUGAAAUAUGGUUGUAGAUUAAAUGAAGAUGUUUCAUUGUAUUUUUCGAGCAUAUUUUAGGCAAAUAAACUAUAACUUGAAGAAGAUACCCAGAGCAGGCACCAAAUUGUCAGACUUAAUCAAAACAAGUAUAUACUUCCUGUAUUCUAGAUAUACUGUGUGCAGCUAAUAGCACUCUAUGUAAUUAUUUGCAACCAUAAGGCAUUUUCUCUGCCACUAGAGGGUGCUCUAUAUCAGGUGUUCAAACAAACCACGUUGCAGUACUUCUGGAAUCAGUGUAGAACUGAGAAAUAUACACAUACAGAAAACUUAUGUCUAAGUUAAUAAUUUGUAGCUGCAUUACAAAAUUUAGAAUACUAGGCAAUAUAGAAAAACAUUUUAAAAUUUAACAUUUUAACAUUUUGGGAUUCAAGUUAAAAUUUGUACAGCUAGCUAGUUCCAGGGAAAAAGUGGCUUAACUAAUGUAGAGAACGGACUGGUGCCAGAAUUCUUUUGCCCCCUUUCCCCCCCUUCAAGCUCCUACCGCAAGGGUGGACAAAAGGUAAAUACCAUCUUUGUAUGGAGAAUGUGUGCGUGAAUAUAGGGCUGUGUUUGUAUGUAGUGUCGGCAUUUGAAUGCAGACAUAAUUUGGUAUGUAAUGCUGAUUUUUGAAUGUUUAGUGUAAUUAUAUAUAAUGUUGGUGUUUUAAUGCAGAGGUGGUGUUGUGAGUAGUGUUGAUUUUUGAACAAAGGGGUGUGUUUUUAUGUAUAGUGUUGGCAUUUGAAUGCUGAGAUGUAUGCAAAUACACACUGCCGCACAUGCAGACAAAUAGACACAAAUACACAGACAUAGAGAUACAAACACUGGCACACAUACAGACACACAGAUGCACAGAUACAAACACUGACACACAUACAGACACAUAUGCUAGUCAAAAUUAGUCACCCUCUAGUUUAGUACCUUUUGAGUACAAGAGGGUUCCUGGGGUCAGAUCUGCUGGUUGAGGCUGUUGAGAGUCAGAGUUUGGCUCUCCUAGUUCAUGCCCUCCCUGCCUACUACUCUGUCCUACACUCACUCCCACUUGACUCAGUCUGUGUUAUCUGGGAGGAAAUCACAGGCUCUCACUUCCUCCCAGCACUGGCUACCGGUAUGAGAGGGCCAAGUUGAGCUUUUAAAGAGUGUAACGCAUGACCAGGCCCCUCAUGACACAUGUCCACUGGGUCCCCCUAAGCUCAUGGGCCAAACGAUUGGACCCCUCAUCAUUUGGUAGUUCCAUCGCUGCUGAAAAGUUCAACUUAUUGUAUGAAGCGUUAAAUGACUGAUAAGGGUUAAUUUAUCAUAUCUCCCAAUAGUUCAUAUUUUCUAGGAGCUUCAUAUUGUUGGUGUACAAAUUAAUAAACUCAAAGCACAUAUUGUAAUAUUGCAUAGAAAAGAUUUGAGGAAGGCUGAAUGCUGAAACAUUGGGGUGUUCGUGAAUCUCCUUCUCGGGGUAAGUAUAUCCUAGAUCUUUUCAUAUUUUGGAUUUGCAGCGAGCACUUUAGUGCCUGGGUCUAUGUGGCUGUUUGCAUGGUUCAUCUUUCUGCAUAUUUGCACUUAAUAUUUGUGGGUAUAUUUUAUUUUAUUCUGUUCUGUGAAAAAUAAGAUCUUUUCUAUGCAAUAUUCCAAGGUGUGCUUUGAGUUUAUUAUUUUCUACGUAAUUUAUGGACCUUAAAGGGAAGUUGGUUAUUUUUCACUUAUUAAAGGGACACUAUAGUCACCUGAACAACUUUAGCUUAAUGAAGCAGUUUUGGUGUAUAGAACAUGCCCCUGCAGCCUCACUGCUCAAUCCUCUGCCAUUUAGGAGUUAAAUCCCUUUGUUUAUGAACCCAUGUCACACAUUCCCUGCAUGUGAGUUACACAGCCUUCCAUAAACACUUCCUGUAAAGAGAGCCCUAUUUAGGCUUUCUUUAUUGCAAGUUCAGUUUAAUUAAGAUUUUCUUAUCCCCUGCUAUGGUAAUAGCUUGCUAGACCCUGCAAGAGCCUCCUGUAUGUGAGUAAAGUUCAAUUUAGAGAUUGAGAUACAAUUAUUUAAGGUAAAUUACAUCUGUUUGAAAGUGAAACCAAUUUUUUUUUUUUUUUUUAUGCAGGCUCUGUCAAUCAUAGCCAGGGGAGGUGUGGUUAGGGCUGCAUAAACAGAAACAAAGUGAUUUAACUCCUAAAUGAAAGUGAAUUGAGCAGUGAAAUUGCAGGGGAAACAUCUAUACACUAAAACUGCUUUAUUUAGCUAAAGUAAUUUAGGUGACUAUAGUGUUCCUUUAAGCACCCUGCACUUUGAAAGCAGCAUGUUAUGCACACAAAUCCACAUCUGUAGAGUGCUAGCUAUUUUUUGUAUGUAUAUCAUAUUGUUGGAGGUGUGUCUGAGUGUAUACCAGAGCUCACAUCAAAAAUACUCACAGUAAUGUAUCUUUAAACUACAAUAAGUGUGUUUAGAAAUAAUUGUGUUAUAAAUAAAGAAUAAAAAAAAAUUCUGUUAAUAAGAUAGUGUUCUUGUUUUUAAUUACAAUUUAGUUUCAUAAAUUGUUAUUAGAAGUCACCCCAAUGUUCUAAGAACAGUACUGCCCCUGGCCACACCAACACGCAUACCCUUAAAAUUUACGUUUGCUUCUUUAUCCGUUUGAAGUGUUGGGAGGUAUGAUUUAUUGAGAGCUUAUGUUGGAAGCUCCCUAUUUAAGCAACAGCUUGUUCAGGACACACAUGUCGAUGUGUUCCAUCCCAGCAGGACACGCAUACAUUGUUAUUUACUAAUGUGAGAAUUCAAAGAGAAUUUGUAAUCCAAUGCCACAGUAGCCAAGCUCAAAGCAAAGAGCUGAUCUUUGCUAUUUUGACCUUAAAUUUGAAAUUCACUUUGAAGUCUCACUUUCGUGAAUUACCCUGACAAGGAUAGAAGAGCAAAUGCAUGGUAUACUUUCUGCGAUUUCCGCUAUUGCUCUAUGCAUAUAUUGUGCCGCUAGGUUUUUGAUUGUUAAUGUUUAACUUGGAAUUAAAAUAAUUAGACCGGUUUUAUUUCCUGUGAAAAUUUGGGUCCUGAAGCAAUGGUUGAUUUUAUUUAAUAAAUACAUUUCAAACCAAUACUGAUGAUGAAUAAUAUGUAAUAUUCUAUUUAUAUCUAUUAUAUUUUGACCACCUGAUCACUAUAAGCAAUUCUGUUUUAAAGGAACACUCCAAGCACUAUAACCACUACAGACCACUGUAGUGGUUAUGGUGCCAUCCGAUCCCACAAUAAGAUGUCAAACCAUUUUCUGCUCUUAUUGCAUCUGGUCUUCUUCAGUAGGGUGACCAAUGCUCUAGUGGUUAUGGUGCUUGAAAUGUUCCUUUAAAUAGUAAUUUUUGAAUGAUGCUUAUAAAUUAUUUGUAUUGACAAAUGUAUAUUUUACAUGAUGAAAAGAAAAAUGUAUUUCAUUCAUAAAUGCCAUUGCAGUAAUAUAAAACGUCAAAGUGCUUAUUCACGAACAUCUAAAUUGCCACAAUUUAAAAUUGCAGAAUUUGGGUCAAAAUAGCCUAGCUUUGAUUACAGCUGAGUUAUAGAAAUUUUCCAUCUCACUUAUUGUUGCCUAAAUCUUGACAUUCAGAUUUUAUUUUGCUCCCAUUAUGAGUUUGCAAAAUCCCUUAACCUGACAGCAAUAUUUUUUCUACAAAAAUCUAUAUACAUGUGUGUGUAUGAGUAGCUCAUUGACUCUGGUAUAUAAUUUACGCUUCAGCAGAAUUAUAAAUAGAGAUCAAGAUAUAUUUUUUUAGCAGAAUGAAAGUAAACACAUUUAAUCUAUUUAUUAUUAUUAUUAUUAAUACUGCUACUUUUUACUGUGGUCCAUUUACAUGUACAAACUAAAUGCAUUUAUUUACUUUUAAGCCAUGCAAAUAUUGUGGGAAGAAAUGGGAAGGGUACAUAUAAAUAUAACCAUCAUUAUGUCACCAAACUUUCUAUAAUCUCUUUAUAUUGCGGUUUCCUUCCCCAGGUGAGCCUUCUCAGGGUGCAGACACUCAGCAAAGAUUCAGCACCGGAUACAUUCAAUGUGUGCAUGAGCUGCACAGUUUGUUGAUCACCACCGACUGGAUGGACCCGGCCCUGGGAGCACGUCUGCUCAAUCACCUCCUGACAUCUCUCCCUAAGAACAAGGAUGUAGCAUAUGAGCAGGCCCAGCCCUGUAAGGAAGGCUCUCCGGAAUCUCCUUUACCAGCUCUGCGUGAUUGUGAUGCCAAGAAAAGGUCCGCAUGCAAACACAGUGAUGUGAUCAAUGAGCAGACACAGUUCCAGCUCAUAGGCCCUUUAAGUAUGUGGAGGCCAUGGUGAGAUUGUUCUCAGUUAAAGGGGCCUUGUAGUGGAGAAGGAAGGGAACCACCAUAUAACAGAGCCUUUCCCCUAACUAUCUGUCAGGCAAUACCCUAAACCUGUUAUUAAGCUCAGAGUCGUCCCUUCAGGUUACUGUGAAUAGAUGACCAGAGAGUAACCCUACUGUUGGUCAUAGAUUUUCUUCUCUAUAAAUUGAUAUUUGUAUCUUAUAGAUAUGCUUUGUUUAACACUUUGGGGCCUGUACCCCGCUAGGUGUACUAAAGACCAGGUGCUUCAGGCUGAAGUCCCAGAUUUGUAGCCUGCAUUGUAGAAGGCUUAUUCACCCCCUAUUUAUUAAAAAUCUCCCCUCAUGUAACAUUCCUGUUCCUUUUAUUACUCAAUAAAAUUGUGUAAAAUAUUCUCUCAUUUUGUAUUUGUAAAGCAUAUGUGUGUUGUUUUUCCACCGCUCUUGUAAAAUUGCCAGCAAAUGCAUAGAUUAAAUAUUAUAAUUGAUGUUUACAUGCUGACCCCUGCUGAGAGCCUAGAGUUAGGCAUUAUGCCACGUUCAGCAUUUUUGGAGCAUAUAAAGGCACAGACACAGAGCAGCCAACCACCAUACGAAGAGUUCAUACAUCUACGUACAAUGUCUGCAGUGUUGUUAUCUGCACGUUGACCUAAUUCUAUUCUGUGCAAAAGAGCCAAACCUUUCCUGCCUCUUCUCAGGCACGAGAUCUCCAGUUUGUUAUCCAAGUGGUUUAUCUGGUUGAUACAUGUCCCCUUAAAGAUGGGAGACAGAACCAGCAAGAUUAGCGAUCAGAGUUUCCAUAACUGUCAAUCAACUACAAGAAUCAGCAUGCCAAGAGUGAGAAAUUCUUUGGUAGGCCAGCAAAACCUCAGGACAACAGUGAUUACAGAUGGUCAUCAGAACACAAAUUUAAUGAAAAUACAAAUAAAAAAUAAAUAAAAAUGAGUAAGUAGGUGUUUAUAUCAUAAGUGUCUUCAUGAAAAGUAAGUUAGGAAUGCAAACAAUAAGCGCUUGUAUCUAUGCAUGUCAUAAUGGUACCUGUUAAAAUGGAUGUCACUAUCAUUAGUGAUUACCGUCUGUUUCCAUGCUACUUAAACCAGUUAGUGGCUGAUGUAAGUUUUAAUGUCUCCCCCUGAGGUUAAAGGGACACUCCAGACAGCUAAACAAGGUAAGCUUAAAUUAAAGCUAAUAAGCUCAAAUACAUGUGGUUUGUUUAUUUUCUUUCAAUUCUGUGUAGUUUUCCUGCAGUGCUGUAAAAUGUUUUGCGGUUUUCAGCAGUGUAACCGAGCCUCAUUAGCCACCCCCUUUCAAAUUUCAACAUGUUCCUGAUUCCCAGUCUCUGAAAGUAACGUACCUUUUUCAGCCAAGAGAGAGAUAUAGAUAGGUAGAUAGCGUGAAAGAUAUAGAUAUAUAUAUUUAUAGAGAGUGAUAGCACAAAGCUCUAUAGGUAUUUAUGAGUUUGUCUCCUUAUAUUUAUUUAUAAUAAACAAAUUAUACUAUAUGAUACCUAAUGUGGUGAGGAAAUGCCUAUGUGUGUUAUGUAAGUUCUAGUGUCGGAAUGCUGUAUUUGUAGUGUAACUUAGGUUGAGUACUUCUUGGGCAGACAUUGUGGGCGUGUCAUUACUGAUUCUCAUAGAGAAUCCCUGUAGCAUGGCCAUUGGUGGACAGUGCAGCUGAAAUACAGGAAGCAGGGAGAAAGCAAAGGGGGAAAUGACAUGCAAUCAAAAGAGGAGCAGAAAAUCGUAUCAAAGUUACUUCUUAAAGGACCACUAUAGUGCCAGGAAAACACUUGUUUUCCUGGCACUAUAGUGCCCUGAAGGUGCCCCCACCCUCAGGUUCCUCCUCCCGCCGGGCUCUAGGGGGUGGAAGGGGUUAAACUUACCUCUUUCUCCAGCGCCGGGCGGGGGACUCUCCUCCUCCUCCUCGGCUGAAUGCGCAUGCGCGGCAAAAGCGCUCUGCACGAAGCUGGGAGGAAGUGACAUUCGGUCACUUCCUCCCAAAAAACACAAAUAAAAGAGUUACUUGCACCCUAUCCAUAUUUAAAUAACUGGAGUGCUCACUCCAAUGGCCAUUAGAUGUAAGCCCACCUGUCACGUCAAAGCAAACCGUAGGGGAGUCCUACACUAACAAUUCAACUUACUUCCUUCAGCUUCAGGUAAAAAAAAUCUCUAAUGAGACAGAGGGGUAUUUUUAUAAAUACUUAUUAACCCUUAAUAGAGAACUCAUGGGGUGGGCGGCAGCACUGUAACAUGGCUGUGUGACAUUUGUAUUUGCCCUUGUACCACACAGCCAUGUUACAAUGCUGCCGCCCACACCAUGUGUUCCCUAUUAAGGGUUAAUAAGUAUGUAGGUAUUUAGAAAAAAAUUUGAGGUUUAGAAAAAUACCCCUCUCUGUCUCGAUGGGCACCCUUUGCGUGCGGUCCCCGGUGUGGUUCCUAGUUGAGGUAGCACUGGGGAAACAUUUUGUUGCACCCCUGUAUGCAGUGACGGCGUCCCAGCACACAGUUUGGGAACCGUUGCAAGGCCUGCACCUGAGUCUAUGUCUGAAGGAACCUGUAUCCUAUAUGAUGCUAAGAUAAGAAUCUAGCGAACACUGAUCACCUACUACUCCAUAUCAAUAUUAUAAUUAAUAUUUUGAUCAUCAUAUACACCAUUUCUUAUCCCAUACCGCCAAAAUAAAUUAUUUUUCCUUAUUGAGCAAAAAGUGCAGCUUUGGGUGACUUCGGUUGUGCCAAGUCUACAUGCUCUUUUAACCCUUUGAAGGAGACAUGCAUCCCUACUAGUGGGCCAAGGUUAAUUGAGUCACAGAUCCAGUAAGCUCCAUGAUUUAAUUUUUUUUAUUAUUUGGACUAAUGUUAUAUUCUUUCUUAAAGUAGCCAUCAAUGGAUAUAAAAAAUGAAGUAUAUAUAUCAGUAAUUAUGAAAGGUUUCGUGUAGAAGGUGCUAUCUACCACAACCACUUUAAAGUGUUCUACUUUACAUUAAAGGGAUUCUGUAGUGUAAGGAGUACAAAGUUGUAUUCCUUACAAUAUAACUCCUUCUGAUCUCCCUCCUUCUGCGCCCUCAGCAUUGAAAGGGUUACAUUUCUGUAUUCACCCGAUUCCAGUGCCGAUCUCCCUUGGCACUGGGCCAGCGCUUUGCUUCCCUGAUGUCACCCAACAGGACGGCUUAUGCGAAUUCGCGGUGAGUGCAUUAGGCCCUCCCCACAGGAAAAUUGCUUCAUGCAGAGUGUGAGGACAUCUAGCGUCAGUUAUUUGCAAAAAGAGAAAAAAUUAACCGCUCUCCAAUCACGUGAAGAUCCGGGUUGACAAAGACCCUAUCAGGGGUCGAAACGUUGCGGCGUCUCACUUGUCCCAAUAAACACAUUUGAAGAUUCUAGGAGUGCCUGGAUCCUCUUUCUACUACUGAUAUGUUAGGCGAAAAGCCACCUAGUAAGCAGGAAGUGGAAGUGCUUAGUCUUAGUCCUGCAAUGUUAUUAUUGCAGUUUCUAUAAAACUGCAAUGAUUUACAUUGCAGGACAAUGAGAUAAAAGUGGUCUGGGUGUCUGUAGUGUUUCUUUAACCUGUUAAACCAGUUCACAAUAUUACACAACACAGGUCUGGUCAUGUCUCAGCAUCUUCAUCUGUCCUGGCUUUUUGUCAGCGCAAAAGACAAUUUCUGGGGGGCGGAGCUAACCACAAGCCGGACCGGACACCAGACCCGGCGAAAUUUGCCUUCCAACGCCGGCCACACACACUGUUCCCGACCCAAACCACCCUCAACUGACAGGGGGAGCCGUGCUGGGUCCAUCGUUGCCCUUCUUCCAACCUUUAAGGUGCAUAAGCAGCGGGGCCAAUCUGGGGCCUCCUACUCCUGGCCCUCACUAGCUGGGAAUCACUUCCUCCGUGAAUUUGAGGACCCAGAAAGGGGCUCCGUGCCUCUAACCGAGCACACACCAGCCAUGGGGCGCCGCUCACAAAAACAGGGGCUGGAAUCCCACCUGAAACAAGGAUAUCGGGGCCAUGCUGCAGAGGCAAGUACCACACAAGAUGGCACUAGCAGAGGGCAUCCACAGAACACACACCAGUACUCGAGUGGAGGGACAGGGUGCACAGAGUCCCGCAGUUUCCCAAGGGUCACAGACUUCCACAGGCUCCCAAACUGACCAAUCCACUCCCAUGGACACCAAACAUGACCUACUCCAGGAUAUCCAUAAAAUGAUGGCAGCAGAUACCGGUAUCAUCUGAGCAGCAGUGGCGUCACUAGAAUUGGUGUCACAUGGUGCAGUAAUUCAUGGUGUCACCCCAACCCCCUUAAUAAUGUGUAAGUUGUAGUGGUUCUGGUGAUUACAGUGUGUCCCUUUAAUGGGAGGUAAAAUAAAGAUUAGUGCCACUAAUAUACUGGAUUGCCUAGUUACCACCAGAUGAGGACUGUUUGUCUUAGCCCCCCUGUCCCUUAGUGUUCUCCUUGUCUCCCCUCCUCUCCCUUACUUAGAGGUCUCCCCUGUCACUUAGUGCUCUCUCCUCCCCUCCCCUCAUGGUCCUGCCUCUCCCCCCCAUCUUAGUGUUUCUCCCUACUUAGUGGUCCUGUCUCUACCCCAACUCCUUAGUGGUCCUCUCUCUACUCCUUCCCCGCACCUCUUAGUGGACCUACCACUCCCCCACUGGUCCUACCUCUCCCUACCAUCCCCCUUUAGUGGUUCUCACUCCCUCCCCCCCACCCACCCCCUUUCUUGGUGGUCCUCCUCUUCCCUCCCCCCUUGUGGCUACUACCAAUCUCUGUAGCGUGGCCGGGCGGCACAAGUGGCGGGCCGCGGUACAGGAGCUUCUGUUUCCUGUACCUGGCUGGACUGACAGGAAAGGCUCUCUCAGUGAGCACUUCCAGUCAGUCUGGCUGGGUUCAGGAAACUUAUGCUCCUGUACCGCAGUCCGCCAUGCUACACUGAGUGACUGGUAGGAGGGAGCGCUAAGCGCUUCCCUCCUACCGGGUCACUCAAAUCCUGCGCCCCCGGCCGGUGCGCCCUAGGCAACUGCUUAUGUUGCCUAUGGGACACGCCGGCCCUGGGUGUCACCCCUCUGUGAUGCACACCCUGGUGCGGUCCGAACCCCCCGCAUGAGUCCACUGAUGUGAAAAAAGUCACAGCCAGAGUUCAGAAUGCAGAGGAUGAAAUUACUAACAUACACAGUGGCAUGGUACUUUGCAGUAACUUUAAUCAAACCAACAAACACUGGUGACAGCUGUCAACCAUGGAAGACAGAAACCGACGCAAUCAAAUAAAAAUCCGGGACAUCCCUGCCACGAUCUCGACUGACGAGCUACCACAUUAUCUGAGACGCCUCCAGGCAUUGCUCUUACCUCCUGCUGUGGCUCGGAAGAUUGUCCUGGAUGGAAUAUAUCGUCUGUCUACCUCGCUAAAAACAUCACCCACUCAGACACGAGACGUAAUUCUCAAAAUGUUCUUUAUCUCAUGACGAGGGGCACAUCAUGUCAGCACGGAGGGGCAAGACACCGCUCUCUCUCGGAUUCACAGUUAUCCUUUUACCAAGAUCUAACCAGAGCCACACUACAAUGGCGCAAAUCCCUCAUCACUCGUCUCUCCCACAAACCAUACAGAUGAGGAGAGACAAGAUCCCUAUUAGUGACCCACAAGGGAACAACCCAUUCAAUCACUUUAGCAGAAGCACCAAAUCUUCUCUCUUCGCUGGGAUUAUUGGGGCCGACCUCAAGCACAAACCUGCAAGCCUCAACUAGCACCUGGGACCCGGCCACAGUGGUACCCUUCACUCCAAGGGAUGUAGCGAGAAGUCGACCUGACACCUGAAUGCGACUAGUGCUGACGCUUCAUGUGCUGGCCUUGCAGAGUGUUCUGAACCCAAUUUGUUUAUCUGUUGUUGUUUAUUUUCAUGUUCAUUUCUCUUAUCUCCUUCUCUUUUGUUUUCAAUGUUCUAACUACAGCACCGCAACCCUGACAUGGGCCUUAGACCUUCACCCACCAUACGUGGGGAACAACUAAAUACACAAGUUAGCGCGAUGAAACAUGCAAUUGCUACUAAUGUUGGAAAGGCAUUCCCCCUCCCUGCUGCCCCCUUGGUUAGGGGUAACAAUGCAAGGGCAAAUACGUCACUCAACACCUGGGGCUACACCGACUCAUGCGUUCCUUCUAGUUUAACCCACCUACGGCUCAUCAGAACCUCACAUAUAAUUUUCCAAGCCCUGCAUAACUCCAAAAUGCUAGACAAACAUAUUACAUGACCUUCACAUACCUACCAUACCAGCACGUCUUACACUUACUCACCAUGUAGUGCCUUUCACCCUAACCCACAAAAUACUCUAUAUUUACUCAUAAACCAAUCCUCAAAAGCAGGACACAUUCCAGUUACAGAUACAGUUCUUGUCUAUAUCAAAACAAAACAAAAAGUGCAUCUAUUCAUUGAUGUCUAUGUUAUUUUUUGAACAACUCAUUGCUUGAACUACUGACAUGUUUUAUAGGAAAGAUGGGGAAGGCAAGAAAGGGGGAGGGGUGGCCUUGUAUGUGAAGGAUAGCAUAAAAUCUAGCCUAAUAAAAGUUAGUGAGGCAAACAUAGAGUCCUUUUGGGCUACGUUAGAAUUUGGUAAUCACACAGUAACUCAUGUAGGUGUGAUUUAUAGGCCCCCAGGACAAAUUGAAGGGUUAGAUAAUCUACUAGUUGAGGAAAUAGCUAAAAUGACAAUGAAGGGGGAAGUUAUCCUCAUGGGUGACUUUAAUCUUCCUGAUGUAAAUUGGAAAACAAAAUUAGCUACUUGUGCCAGGAGCACACAUAUUCUAAACUCCCUACUGGGAUUGUCUCUAAAACAAGUUGUUGAGGAGCCAACUCGUAAAGAGGCCACACUAGAUUUAGUGUUAACAAAUGGAGAUUUGGUAUCAGAUAUUACUGUAGUUGAAAGUUUAGGAUCCAGUGAUCAUCAGUCAGUGUGGUUUAAUAUAAGAACAGUGACGGAGUCACACCACACAAAAACAAAAGUGACUAUAAAAGCAGACUUUUCUAAAAUUAGAAUAUGGGUAGAGUAGUCAUUAUCAGACUGGAGCAAUUUAAAUGGAGUCCAAGAGAAAUGGGAUUAUUUAAAAGUUGCACUAUUGAAGGCAACAGAAAAUUGCAUUAGGCUUGUCAGUAAAAGCAAAAAAUUCAAGAAAUCACUGUGGUACUCCACAGAUGUGGCCAAAAUAGUUAAAAACAAAAAGUUAGCAUUUAGGAAUUAUAAAAAAAACCAGAGUGAGGAAGACAAAAUGAUCUAUAAGAUUAGGCAGAAAGAGGCUAAGCAAGUUAUAAGAGCUUCCAAAUCACACACAGAAGAGAAAAUAGCACAGUCAGUAAAAAAGGGGGAUAAAACAUUUUUUAGAUACAUAAAUGAGAAAAGAAAAGUAAAACAAGGAUUAGUUAGAUUAAAAACAAAAGAAGGAAGGUAUGUAGAAGAGGAUAAAGAUCUAGCUGACUGCCUCAAUGAAUAUUUUUGUUCUGUAUUUACAGAUGAAAAUGAAGGAAAGGGACCUCAGUUGAGAAAAAGGAUAAAUGAGUCAUUUAUUACACAUGAGUUUACAGAGGAAGAGGUUCUAUUUCAACUGUCAAAAGUAAAGACAAAUAAGUCAAUGGGACCUGAUGGAAUACACCCAAAGCUAUUAAAAGAGCUUAGUGGUGUACUAGCAAAACCAUUAACAGAUUUAUUUAACCAAUCAUUGUUAACAGGAGUAGUCCCAGAAGAUUGGAAGUUAGCGAAUGUUGUGCCCAUUUACAAGAAAGGUAAUAGGGAGGAGUCGGGCAACUAUAUGCCAGUAAGCCUUACUUCAGUAGUGGGGAAAGUGAUGGAAACCAUGCUAAAGGAUAGGAUUGAUGAACAUCUAAACACAUGGAUUUCAAGAUCAGAGACAACAUGUGUUUACUUCAGGGAGAUCAUGCCAAACUAAUCUUACUGAUUUUUUUGAUUGGGUAACUAAAAUUAUAGAUCAGGGUUGUGCAGUAGACAUUGCUUACCUAGAUUUCAGUAAGGCUUUUGACACUGUUGCACAUAGAAGGCUUAUCAAUAAACUGCAAUCUUUACGUUUGGAUUCAAAUAUUGUUGAAUGGGUAAGGCAGCGGCUGAGUGACAGGCAACAGAGGAUUGUAGUUAAUGGAAUAUAUUCGAAGCUUGGACUUGUCACCAGUGGGGUACCUCAGGGACCUGUACUUGGACCCAUUCUCUUUAAUAAUUUUUAUUAGUGAUAUUGCAGAAGGUCUUGAUGGUAAGGUAUGUCUUUUUGCUGAUGAUACUAAGAUAUGUAACAGGGUUGAUGUUCCAGGAGGGAGAAGCCAAAUGGCAAAUGAUUUAGGUAAACGAGAAAAAUGGUCAGAAUUGUGGCAACUGACAUUUAAUGUGGAUAAGUGCAAGAUAAUGCAUCUUGGACAUAAAAAUCCAAGGGCAGAGUACAGAAUAUUUGAUAGAGUCCUAACCUCAACAUAUGAGAAAAGGGAUUUAGGGGUGAUUAUUUCUGAUGACUUAAAGGUAGGCAGACAAUGUAAUAGAGCAGCAGGAAAUGCUAGCAGAAUGCUUGGUUGUAUAGGGAGAGGUAUUAGCAGUAGAAAGAGGGAAGUGCUCAUGCCAUUGUACAGAACACUGGUGAGACCUCACUUGGAGUAUUGUACACAGUACUGGAGACCGUAUCUUCAGAAGGAUAUUGAUACCUUAGAGAGGGUUCAGAGAAGGGCUACUAAACUGGUUCAUGGAUUGCGGGAUAAAACUUACCAGGAAAGGUUAAAGGAUCUUAACAUGUAUAGCUUGGAGGAAAGACGAGACAGGGGGGAUAUGAUAGAAACAUUUAAAUACAUAAAGGGAAUCAACACAGUAAAGGAGGAGACUAUAUUUAAAAGAAGAAAAACUACCACAACAAGAGGACAUAGUCUUAAAUUAGAGGGACAAAGGUUUAAAAAUAAUAUCAGGAAGUAUUACUUUACUGAGAGGGUAGUGGAUGCAUGGAAUAGCCUUCCAGCAGAAGUGGUAGAGGUUAACACAGUAAAGGAGUUUAAGCAUGCAUGGGAUAGGCAUAAAGCUAUCCUAACUAUAAGAUAAGGCUAGGGACUAAUGAAAGUAUUUAGAAAAUUGGGCAGACUAGAUAGGCCGAAUGGUUUUUAUCUGCCGUCACAUUUUAUGUUUCUAUGUUUCUAUUGUUCGUGUAUUCUAUACCUGCACGACAAAAUUAAAGAAUUAUAAAAAGACCACAAUUUCUAUGCGGUCAGCCACAGAAAUAUAAUAUCCACGAAAUGUGGCAUUAACUGGCAUAUUUCAUCAUCUCAUUUUACAAAACACAAAAAGUUUAAAUGGACUAUAAUGGCACUAUAAUCCAUUUCAUCUAAUUAAAUUGUUUAUAUAGCUAGGAAUUCCCUGGCACAGUCUCUUCUUUCAGUGUAAAAUCAUUUUGGAGCAUUUAAACACUAAAUGAGGGUCCCUAGUCACCAACAGCCCAACCCAAACUAGAAUUAUGGCUAGGGCAGAGAUUACAAUCUUCCUGCAAGCAGUCAGCUGACAGCUGACACUCUUACCGAAUUACCAAUGCUCAUUGCUGCUCAGGUUAAUGACUCCUCAUUACUCAAGCAGUACAGAGCAAAGGGGCUGACAAGGACACUUGUUUAGCAAUAAAACAUUAAAGGAACACUCCACUGCCCACAUGUGGUGGAAAUUAAGUCACUGUUUAGUAGAUAUACCCCCAAUGAAUUAAAGAGCUUGCAAAGGCUGCAGAUCUUCUGAAAAGCAGCCUUGGCGAACCUUCUCCUUUUUCCCCCCAGAAGAGACAUAUCUCCACAGGGAAAUAACCAGAGUCUUCUCAUGAGAAGCCUCUUAAUUGGUGCACCCACAUCUGGUCUGAGGUCUGUGUGGGAGGACUGUAACGAGAAUAUACCCCAACACGCAGGAUUCAGCUAAACAAAAGACAACACAGAGGAGAGCUACGUCUACCGGACCUUAGAAUGGCCGGACUCGACGUAUAUGAGAGGAGACAGAGUCAGGAACAAUCCGAAAUCAAGGGCACAGAGAGACAGCGUAAACUAGGACAAGCCGGGGUCUGGUACACAGUAAACAACAAGCCGACAACCAGAACAGAUAAGGAUAAAGAGAAAACGUAGUCAGAAACAAAGCCAAGGUCAAUACGGAGAAACACAACUGAACACAACAAGCGCUAAAGGGAACUGAUACAGAAACCACGAUAGGGCAAGGAACAAAAGAAAGAAGGUGAGUAUAAAUACCUAAACAUCUAAUUUGAUUGGUCCCUGUCACAUCCACGCCCCCAAAAGGUAAGUGUAUGGGGAGUGUGGCAUGACAGGGACCAAUGGGAUGCCUUUUCCAAUUUAGGCACCCACUGUCCCUUUAAGAGCGCGCCCGAUACCCGCGGCGCGCUCUUAGAGUUAGGUGGAACACGUGACCGCUUUCCAGUCACAGCCGUCGGAGCCGCGCGCGGCUCGUGCAGCAGCAGGACCGCGCGCGGCUCGAACAGAGGACCCCGGCCGGCCCCUGGAAAGGGUAAGUACCGCUACAUUAACCCCCCCUGAGGACACGCCCUCCGGGCGGGGAGGGCCAGGCCUGGCAGGAAAACGAGAAUGGAAAGAGCGCACAAGACGAGGAGCGUGAACCGCAUCAGCGGAAAUCCAACUAUGCUCCUCAGGCCCAUAGCCCUUCCAAUGCACUAGGUACUGAAGUCGGCCCCUAAGGAAACGAGAGUCAAGAACUGCAGAAACUUCAAAUUCCUCAUGACCCUCCACAGAAACAGGAGGGGGAGGAGGUGCAUGUCGGGUGUAGCGGUUGCGUAUGAAAGGCUUUAACAACGAGGUGUGAAAGACAUUAGGAAUACGCAGAUUCUUAGGGAGACCCAAGGCAUACGAAACAGGAUUAACCUUAUGCAGAAUACGAUAAGGACCAAUAAAGCGGGGAGCCAACUUCAUAGAAGGCACCCGGAGGCGAAUGUUUCGCGUAGAAAGCAGAACCCUGUCCCCCACAACAUAAGAAGGAGCCGCCCUGCGAUGCUUGUCAGCCUGCACCUUCUGGCGAGCAGCGGAAUCCACCAAAGAACGCUGAACCUGCUCCCAAGUAUUACGCAAAUUAGCCAAAUGUUCAUCCAGAACUGGCAUGCCCUGUGAGGAGAAAGCAGCCGGAAGAACAACAGGAUGUUGGCCAUAUACAACGUAAAAAGGACUCUUGCCGGAAGAAUCAUGAGUAGCGUUAUUCCGAGCAAACUCAGCCCAAGGAAGAAGGUCAGACCAAUUGUUCUGAUGGUGGGAUACGAAACAACGAAGGUACUGCUCCAGAGAUUGAUUGGCACGUUCGGCAGCUCCAUUAGACUGGGGUGGUAAGCGGAAGAAAAUGAGAGAGAAAUACCCAUUUCCGAACAAAAGGCUUUCCAGAACCUGGAAAUAAAUUGGCUACCCCUAUCAGAUACAAUAGAUACGGGAAUGCCGUGUAAUCGAAACACCUCUCUGGCGAAAACAAGUGCUAGUUCCCUGGACGUGGGCAGCUUGUGAAGAGACACAAAGUGAGCCAUCUUGGAAAACCGAUCCACUAUCAUUAGGAUAACUGUGUUACCAUUCGAGGGAGGUAAUUCAACAAUAAAAUCCAUGGACAGGUUAGACCAAGGUCUCUCGGGAAUAGGUAACGGAUGCAACAGCCCACAAGGAACCCUACGAGAAGAUUUCAUACAGGCACAAGUAGUACAAGCACCUAUAUAGUCAGUGACAUCCUUGCGUAAGGAAUCCCACCAAAAAUACCGAGAAACUGCUGACACCGUUUUGGAAAUACCAGGAUGUCCAGCAGUCUUAGUGUCAUGAUACAACGACAGAAUCUCCCGUCUCUCGGGAACAUCAACGAAUAGUUUAUCAGUAGGUCUCUCGCUAGGUGCCAUGUUUUGUUUCGCUUGUAUGGCCUGCAAGAGGGACGAAGAAAUAGACAAAACAGUGGUAGCGAUUAUCCUUUCUGGGGAAAUCACAGGAGUAACAUCAAUCUCCUGUUUGUCAGCAGUUUCGAACUGUCUGGACAGAGCGUCUGCUUUAGUGUUGCGGUCACCUGGCCUAUAGGUGAUAAUGUAAUUGAAAUGGGACAAAAAUAGUGACCACCUAGCCUGCCGAGAAGACAGUCUUUUAGCCUCACUAAGGUAGGAUAAGUUCUUAUGAUCCGUAAAUAUGAGAAUAGGAUCUUUAGUUCCUUCUAACAAAUGUCUCCAUUCUUUCAGUGCUAAAAUAAUAGCAAGGAGUUCGCGAUUACCCACAUCAUAAUUCUUUUCUGCUUUGGACAUUUGUUUGGAGAAGAAGCCACAAGGAUGCAAUGGUUUUUCAGGCGACUCUCUUUGGGAUAAGACAGCACCUACCCCGAUAUCAGAAGCAUCAACUUCAAGAAUAUAGGGCAGUGUGGGGAUAGGGUGCUGUAAAAUAGGUGCAGAAGCGAAUGUGGUUUUAAGAAACUCAAAAGCCUGAAGUGCCUCGGGAGACCAGACACGAGUAUUGCCUCCCUUUCUUGUCAUACGGGUGAUAGGCGCUACAAUAGAGGAAAAACCUUUAAUAAAGCGUCUAUAAUAAUUAGAGAAACCAAGAAAACGCUGAAUGGCUUUCAAACCUUGUGGAAGAGGCCAUUCCAUGACAGCAGAAAGCUUCUGGGGAUCCAUACGAAAACCUUUAGCGGAAAUUAAAUACCCCAAAAACUGGACUUCGGAUUGGUCAAAUAGACAUUUUUCCAGUUUACAAUAAAGACCAUUAGCAAGAAGGGUCUUCAGAACUGUCGUAACAUGCCUGUGAUGAGUGUGUAAAUCUGUAGAGUAUAUUAAUAUGUCGUCUAAGUACACAAUUACAAAUGUGUGAAUAAAGUCUCUUAAAACGUCAUUGAUAAAUUCUUGAAAUACUGCUGGGGCAUUGCAUAGACCAAAUGGCAUAACAGUAUACUCGUAAUGGCCAGAUCUAGUGUUGAAUGCCGUUUUCCAUUCGUGGUCUUUCUUAAUACGUAUUAAAUUAUAUGCACCUCUAAGAUCCAAUUUAGUGAAUACAGUAGCAUGUUUGAGUCUGUCAAAUAAUUCUGUGAUCAAAGGUAUAGGAUAUGCAUUUUUGAUGGUGAUUUUAUUUAGACCUCUAUAAUCGAUACACGGUCUUAAAUCACCUUCUUUCUUUGAUACAAAUUUAGGAUCUCCUAAUAAACCCCUUUUCUAAUGAUUCCUUAAUAUACUCCUCCAUGACACGGUUUUCUUGAACAGAUAAAGGGUACACCCUGCCCUUUGGAGGUAUUGUGCCAGGCAAUAAAUCGAUAGCACAAUCGUAGGGUCUGUGAGGUGGUAAUUUGUCAGCCUCCCUUUUAUCGAAGACAGUUUUGAGAAAUAAGUACUGAGAGGGUAUAACAGUGGACAAAGGAGGAGUUGUAGGGACAUUAAUAGAAUUCAAAGGGGUGACUUCAAUAGUACAGGACUCAUGGCAGGCAUCGCUCCAUGAUUUUAUUUGCCCUGACUCCCAAUCGAAAAUGGGAUUGUGAGUACGUAACCAUGGGUACCCUAACACAAUGUGAGAAGAGGGAGAUGUGAUAACCUGGAAUUGAAUGGUUUCAAAGUGUAAAACCCCUGUAUACAUGUGUAAUGGUACAGUUUCAUGAGUAACAAUUGGAGAACUUAAUGGUCUACCAUCUAUGGCCUCAAUGGCCAAGGGUAUCUCCCUUUCUCUGACGGGAAUGUUAUUUUUCGUAACAAACUCAGAGUCAAUAAAGUUCUCAGCAGCCCCAGAAUCAACCAAGGCUAAUAUGCAUUCUGCUAUACAACUCACCCCCAUAUGAAGGGAAACAGGGAGAAGCAAACGAUUAGGAGGCAAUUUAGGAGACUUAGAGAUCACACCCAAGGCCAGUCCCCUAUAAGGUCUUAGGUGCGAGAGUUUUCCGGACGCAAAGGACAUUCCCUUACCAUAUGGUCUCGCCUACCACAGUAUAGGCAGAGUCCAUUCCUUCUUCUAAGUAGUUUUUCAGUAUCCGAGAGUUUGGCAACCCCUAAUUGCAUGGGUUCCUCCUCGGGUACUUUAACACUCUCAGGUUUAUCAACUCUAGGGUUAAUAGAUGUGACCAGACGUCUAUUCUUGUUUUUGGUAUAGAGCCUGUCGCGAAUUCUAUUAUCUAUAUCAAUGAGGUAGUCAAUAAGAUCCUCUAAUGGAAUAGGAAGCUCCCUUGCCGCUACCUCAUCUAAUAUAGUGUCAGAUAAACCUUCCAUAAACGCAGUAGUUAACCCAUUAUUGGUCCAAUCUACCUGUGAAGCAAGGGUACGAAACUGAAUAGCAUAAUCCGCCACAGACCUAGACCCCUGUUUAAUCCUCAUUAAUGCUCUUGCGGCAUUCUUUGACCUCUUUGUUGUGUCAAAAGUUCUACGAAAAGCCGCAAGAAAACUAUUGAAAUCAUGAACCAUAGGUCCAUUGGCCUCCCAAAUAGGAUUUGCCCACUCUAGUGCUUUGUCAGUAAGUUGAUGCAUCAAAAACCCCACUUUAGACCUAUCAGUGGGAAAGGAAUGAGGAUACAUCUCAAGGUGGAAUUCUAUUUGAUUAAUAAAACCUCUGCAUGUCUUGGCUUCCCCUCCAUACCUAGGAGGAGGUGUUAAAUGGGGCGAAGCAUUGGUUGAAUUGGAUACUUCGGGAGGAUGAGGUGUAGGAGGGUUCGGUGCGGUUGCAGGAAUGGUUCUAGACAAGAGCGUCUGGAGAGCCUGUGCUAUCUGAUCCAUACGGUGAUCCUGCUCUACAAACCUUGCCUCGUGAGAAGCCAUUUGCUGAGCCAAAUCUGCGGGGUCCAUGGCCCUAUCGUAAUGUAACGAGAAUAUACCCCAACACGCAGGAUUCAGCUAAACAAAAGACAACACAGAGGAGAGAUACGUCUACCGGACCUUAGAAUGGCCGGACUCGACGUAUAUGAGAGGAGACAGAGUCAGGAACAAUCCGAAAUCAAGGGCACAGAGAGACAGCGUAAACUAGGACAAGCCGGGGUCUGGUACACAGUAAACAACAAGCAGACAACCAGAACAGAUAAGGAUAAAGAGAAAACGUAGUCAGAAACAAAGCCAAGGUCAAUACGGAGAAACACAACUGAACACAACAAGCGCUAAAGGGAACUGAUACAGAAACCACGAUAGGGCAAGGAACAAAAGAAAGAAGGUGAGUAUAAAUACCUAAACAUCUAAUUUGAUUGGUCCCUGUCACAUCCACGCCCCCAAAAGGUAAGUGUAUGGGGAGUGUGGCAUGACAGGGACCAAUGGGAUGCCUUUUCCAAUUUAGGCACCCACUGUCCCUUUAAGAGCGCGCCCGAUACCCGCGGCGCGCUCUUAGAGUAGGUAGAACACGUGACCGCUACUAGUUACAGCGGUCGGCUGAGCCGCGCGCGGCUCGAACAGAGGACCCCGGCCGGCCCCUGGAAAGGGUAAGUACCGCUACAAGGACACAGGCGCGCUCAGGGGAGAUAAUGUAAGGAGGGCGCAGACCUCCCUGGCCGUUUGACUGACAGUCAGGGGGGUUGCUCCCUAGUUAAUUUCUCAUAGAAAUCAACACUUUUAUACACGGAUGUUAAACUAGGAUACUCCUUACCCAUAAAGCACUUCAGCAAGUCCUCUAAAAACAGACUUUGGCCAAACAUUGGACGUGUUUCUUGUUAGCUCCUGGUAACUCGAAUUAUAAUAGUGAUUUCAAAGCCUCAAUCCAGCUACCUACAAUCAAGAAUUGAAAGUUGACUAAUCCUGGGGCCAGCUACCACUCAUUUAGCCUGAUCUGCAAAGCCUUAUACCGACGGGUACCCACCAAGCUUGAAUCCCUAAAAACGGACGGCCUGGCUGCCAAUUUCCCAGUCUGGGACCUGCACACUGUUUGGACUGGUAGACAGCCUUACACAAGAUGGAGAGCUGCAACACGGGACCCAAUCUGCACAGCUACAGAUGCGUGGCGUUACAGUUAAGAUGGCCGCCACACAGGCAUCUGAACUCCUGGCCUUCUACGAAGCCAUUGGAAGGCUUUCGAGCAGCUGUGGACCCAGUUCUGGGCAAAAGUCACUGCAAGGGUGCAGACACAGGCGGCAACUCACACACCUCGGAACAUACCAGCCAAACCUGUUUGCACCAAUGCACCUUGUGACGGACCGCUUGGCAGCCCGACUGGGUACCUCCGCCAAUCGAUACUCCUAGUGCUCAACGAGGACUCCAAGCACUCCAUCAGGCACCAUCAGCACUGUAGACUACCACAAAAAGCCGCAGCUUGGUUGGGAGAUCUCGCGGGCCCUCCACUCACCCUGGACCCAAGACCAGGAUCCAGCUUCCAGUGGGUUAACCUCUCCUACUCCAGACAGUAUAGCAGGAACAGCUCUUAUAAGAGCUAGUGAUUAUAAUUCCAGGGAGUAUAAGGAGUAUAGCAAUCCCCAGAGUGAAUAUAGUGGUCCCCCCCACACAAGACGAGGCUCUAUGUUGAGGGUGAAGAGGAACUGAUUUUAAUGGUGCCACACUUGGCCAUUUAUGACAAUCCCCAUGCAAGGUGCACUUCCACAUGGACCUUGUGGGGAACUCCGUUACAAAGUCACAGACCAAUAAUACCAGUGUUACAAUGCAUGACACUCCCAUAUACAAUACAAUAAGCCUUAACCUUUACUUAGGAGAUAAUGGAGUCAAGCACUAUACUAAACUCAAUUAUCUCCAAACACAAAAAACCCACACAUUUUUACAAAAACCCUAAAACACCUUCAAACACAUAACAUCCCCACAAGUUACAUCCCCUGAUAGCCUUGAUCUGGGUAACUAACAUAUCCAAAAAUUACCCAGAUCAGUUCAGGGGUUCAGGAAUUUCCUGGAAGUCAGUUUUUACCAACCGCACGUAUGGUCCCAUGCCCAAAAUGGUUCCAUAGAAUCGCGGCUAGGUGCCGCUGGGGGACCGACCGGAAACCGCAAAGUCUUCAUACCGAAAAUAGUUCCAGGGCAUUUGCGGCUAAGUCCCCCGUAAGUCUAUUCGCUGUUUUGGUCCAUGCGAACGGCCGCCAUGGAGCUAGCAUUCGGUUCUAUGGAAAGUGCAGAACCAGGGGAAACAGGGGAAAUAAAAUAUGGGUCUUUACAGUCGGUGACUUGGCCCGUAGUCUUUUGGCAGGGGGCUGGCCAACAGGCCCCUCCAAGCACCAGGGACAUGGUUCAGUUCGUCACAUUUCUCCCCCCCAAGGGAAGACUAACCAGGUACCUGACCUUCUGUCGGUCGGCACCUGAGUUAGUCGAGUAGCCCACCGAUACACAACUACUUGACCUGGUGGACUCAGGUGUCCGGAUCUGUACUGUAUGUCCCAGGUUGCUGAGUGGGUGUCCGUCACCCCUGACCUCCCUUGUGCUCCCAGGCAUGGAGUUGUGAGUACUUGGUGGGCAGAGGCCAGCGUGACAGCUGAGUAAGUCAGAGGGUCAUCCGAUCCGGGACUGAUGACACGGGGAGGGCAGAGGACAGCUGCGCUCUGCCCUGUUGCCAGCACUUCUGCUGGGGUGGCCUGUGGAUAUUCAGGCCUUGGACAAAGGGAAAGGGGAGGGCAGAGGCUAACUGCUCUAUGCCCGUGUGCCAGCUCUUCCGCUGAGAUGACUGGUACAUAGUCUUGCCCUGUAAUAAGGGGGCAGGUAAGGCAGAGGCCAGCGGCAGUCUCAUCCACUAACCCCAGUACCCGGUUGGGAAUUGGCUGUGGAGAGGAGGGAUCGCCUACCUCCUCCUCCUGGUAUUCCUGCGGGGUUGUUUGGGGAUCUGGACCGGCCGUAAGUCUGGUGCAGAGGCCGAGGUCCCAUCUGCACCAUUGGAGUCAGGGGUGCUUUCCCCCUGUAAUUGGCUCUCUUCUUCCUGUAUAUCCGGCUGCCGCUGGGGAGCGAGACCGGCUGUCUCCACUCCGUGUUGCACACUGCCGCUGGUGAGCGAGACCGACCGUCUCCACUCCCUGUUACUAUCUGCUGCUGCGAGAGGAUGCUAUGCUCCUCUUCCUGUAAUGCAUACUGCCGUUGUGGAGAGGGACCGGCUGUCUCCUCUACCUGUAAAACACUGCUGCUGUGGAGUAAGACAGACUGUUUCCACUUCCUGUAACUCACCCUGCCGCUGGGGAUGGAGGGCGAUACUCUCCUCUCUCUGUGACUCUGUCUGCCGCUGGGGAGAGAGAAUGACUGUCUCUUCUCCCAAACACACUCUGCCACUGGGGAGGAAGGACAACACCUUCCGCUCCCUGUACUGCAGACUGCUGUUGGGGAGUGAGACUGAUUGUCUCCACACCCUGUAGGAUACACUGCCGCUGGGGAGAGAGACCAACCUCUCUUCUCCCAAUAGCAUACUCGGCCGCUGGGGAGUAGGACCGACUGUCCCUACUCCCGGUAACUCUGGCUGCAGCUGGGGAUCUUGGCCGGCUGCCUAGCAUCCCUGUUGGGCCGGUGGAGAGACUUCAGUCCCAUCUCCACCUGCCAGUUGGGGUUCCUCACAGGACCAGCCUACUUUGGGUACCUCCGGCUGCUGCUGGGGAGACAGGCUAACAUCCUCUGACGUAAAGUCAAUUAAAUUGGUGGGCGCCUCUUCUGAGAUCAGUUGCACCACCUCUGCCGAAGGGCUGGUGCAAUCCUCCUUUCGCUGGAGACUUCCUCCCCUCGUUUUAGACAUUAGGAACUCGUGGUCUCUCUUGGCUUGUCUCUCAACGGUCACCUGGUUCUAGAUCGCCUGGAAGGUCUCCAUCAACACAUUAGUGCCAUACCAGGCCAGUCGCUGCCGCACCUCAAACAGCAACUCUAAGCAAGAGUUAGAGGAUGCCAUGCUUGCUUGCUCCAAGUCUGUGGGCACCUCUGCUUCCAGGGGUGCUGCAUGAAUGCUAGCGUUGCCCUCAAUAUAAUCCACUUUACCAGUGUCUCCAGGAUGCUUCUCCUUGCAGUAGGAAGCCUUCUCACCGCUGCCAUCAAAUGCCUUGUGGUGGGGAAGGCGCGGAGGCUACAGCAGAGGGCACCAGGACUCUGGAGAAGCCCUCCCCCAGUAAUCUACUGUCACUUACCAGGGCCUCAGCCCAUGAGGGGAAACCUCCCUAGGCACAGCUCAAGACCUUGGGAAGCAUGUAUCAAGCAACGUCGUCAGAGACCCUGAAUAUGGAGUGCAGAGCAUACUCCUCUCUAGCAUGGGUUUUUCUGUCCCUGAAGACUACAAAUCAAAACCCUGUGUGCCCAAGUCAGCAUGAUUCCAUGUCCUGGGGAAAGCUAUGCUCGUAUUCAGAGUGGUGUGGUCCUCUCUGGGGUGACUGCUGGAGCUGGUGGGUUUCACCACCCUUAAGCAUCGGUUGAGUGGCCACUAAACUUUCCAGCAGCCUAGCUGUUCAUGUAAAAUACCUGCAGUGCACAACGUUUGACAGGUUUUUAUUCUUGGGGUUUUUUUGUGCACAUCUACUAUGGCUUGUGUCACUGACCAGUGGCAAUUAACUCUUAAUAUUUCUUGCAGUUCUUUACUAUCGCACAUCCUCUUAUUCUCUGACUACUCUACCCGAACUGUGUUCCUGUCUGUUUUAACUAUAAAAAUUAGGCGGAUUUUGCCAGGAGUUAUUUCCUCUCUUUGUUUACCAAGCCUAUGUGAUGUUUAUUAUGACUGCUUUACAUGUCAUGUACCUUUUUUCCUGCAUCAAUAAAACAGAUAAUGACUAAUAAAAAUGGUUUAACACUGAACAGGAGAUCCCAGAAGCAGUUACAGUGACUAUGGUACCCCUUUAAUUUUAAGAAAUAUGGAAUUGUUUAUAUAUAUAUAUAUUUGUUUGAGUAAAAUUGUAGACAUUUCGAUAUUCAACAUGAUUUUUUGUUUCAUUGCAUCUUUGUCUUUUGUGGCAAACCAAUGCCUCUGUUCCAUGUAGAAUAUAAAAUUAAAAAAAAAAAAAAUUAAUAAAAGUGGUCAAUGUUUGUUCUGAUUAUCUGCUUUCUGAGUAGCAAAGGUUCUUGGAUUGGAGUAGCCACGUUACAACACGGAUCUUAGGGUGUAAAAUUGAAAAGAAAGAAAAUGGAAAAAAAAAAACAGUUGGAAAAUAGACCCAAUUAAAACAGAGAGCCUGAGGUGGACAUUUAGGUAGGACAAUGGUCUACAAAUCACUGAUAUUGACAGUGGUGAACAUAGCUAAAAUCUCUCUGAUCAUGGAGAAAGAGAUUUAGGAUUAGAUCUUUAAUCAUCCAGCGGGUUGUACUAUAAAGUUGUGCCCCAAUUAUUUUAUUCUGGGCUUUUCUUUAAGAGAGAGAAUGGAUUAGAAUUACUGUGUAAUGUUCUCUUGUCGAACAAUGAUUGUUUACUAUGGAUUGCAUUAGUUGUUUUGGAAGUGAUCAGAAAGGGACUAUACCUGCUAAAUCUCACACAAAGGAACCUAUGGCAUCUAUGUUAUUAAUCCUGAUUCUUUAUAAUGUUACAGAAGACUCUGUAGAGUGUCUACACUGUACUAGAUUUAACAGUAUACAGUCAUUUGCCAACAAAUGUCAGAGACUUUUUUUUCCCUCCAUGGGACGAAAUGGAAAAAACUGUCUGGGUCCCAAUAAAUUCCAAAAGUCUACUUCUUCUGAAUGAAUGUCUGCGCUAUGGAAAUGGAGGACGAGGGGAAAACGCUUUUAGUCUAUCUGAAAGUGAUUUAGACCUAUUUAGGGUAGACCCGAGAAAAUAAAAUAGAUAAUGCAAUCAUUCUAGAUCCCACGCUCUCUUGUAUAGAGUUUGCAAUCUGUUAUGGAAAGGGGCCUCCAGCGGAGGUUUGCCCAUGGCCCUUCAGGCAUAAAAGAUGGCCCAGGCUAUUGUUCACGGUAUUGUACAGUUCUGUUCUGUGUAUCAAUGCUUUAUAAAUGAUAAUAAAAAAAAAUAUAUAUAUAUAUUUUUAUGAUAUAACAUUGUACUCCACUAGAAGCGGCAGGAGAUGCGUAGAUGAAUAGUAAAAAGAUCUGCACAUGUUAGAGCUAUAAUUAAGAGGGAUUUGAGCUUCACAGCUGCCAACACACUAGAAUAGAAUAAAAAAAAAAAAAAAGAUGUCUGUUUAUACAUGGGAGGCAGGCCAAGUGCGCAUGGAGAUGGGGAACAAUACAGAGCAGUUCAUUGGUCCCGGAACAAUGCAGAGCAGGAGAGGAUACGGCAGAUGGAUGAGAACCAACAGAUGGCUUAACUGAUACAGGGAAUAAACGACACCGCACUGCAACUUUGUUUGCCGAGCCAUUUCUGCUUUGCAGACUGUGCAUAGAAAAAUGCAUUUGCAGGGUGCCGUGUUUCUGCAGAAUUGAAUCAAUGCCAGGCAGCGUAGCUGUUGAUAAAGCGCACAACAAAAGCAUCGCGGUUAAAGAUAAGAAAGGUGGCAGAUAUUGCUGUGCUCAAACAAAAUAGAUUUAUUGAAUAGUACAAUAGUUAUUAUAUACUAAAUAUGAAAGCAGAGAUUAUACAUUUAAUUGAACAGGAAUAAACUGUAAAUAAUCACUGUAACAGAAUUCUGAAUCCCACUGUUGCAUCUGUGCUUAGUUGUGGAAUAUGCAAGCUUUCAACCUGCUGAAGCAAUGUAGUAAUAUCAAUUAAUCCAAUUUACAAUCUCCAAUAUGCAAAGUCAGUUAUGAUAGCAGGCCUCUGCUUCCCAUUCUCUGAAUUUACUCUAAUGUUCUACCUGUAGAACACCGGAAAUAUAAACACCCGUAGAAGACUGCAAAGCAGAGCUGCCUUACAGCCUGACAUACACACACUGGUUAAUGUAUCUCUUUACAGCACCUUCUUUUGGCUUCAUACAUGGUCAUACAUACCUCAACCAUAGCUUUUCUAAUGUAUCAUAGAAUGAAUGAGCUAUAUUCACUCCUCUGGAUUGUUCUUGAUUACAAGCCUUCAGCUUCGGCAUGAAUCAUUAUGAAAUGUAUAAUCUUCAUACAGUAUCACAGAAGGCUAUGGGGUGAGGUCAUACCCUUAUGAAAAUCAUUGUUUAUGGUUGCAUAUUACAAUUCACUGGAUUGCCAUUCUGGCCUGAAAUAUGUGAAAGAGGCAUUUUGCUGAAACAUUGGUGUCUAUCAUAAUUUUAUUUUUUUUAUGCACAUUUGUUGGCAUGCAUAACUUCCAUGUUGUAUCCACGUGCCUGCUUCUAUGAUUUAUGCUGGAUUACAUUUAGCAAUAUAUUGUAAGUGAUUAAAUACCUAGUCUGAGCCAUUUAAAGGAACACCCUAAGCACCAUAACAGGCAGUGGCGUACCUACCAGGGUCACAGGUGGCCCGUCACUCCAGGCGGCCCGGACACAGCUGUGACCCCUGCAAACGUGGCGGACAGUGCACAGCUGCACAGUGAGAUCACUUCCUGUCAGACUGGGUACCGCUGUCAGCUUGGAGGUGAGCACGUACAGGAGGAGUAUUGGGGAGAAACACAUGGAGGGGUUGGGGGAGUCAGGGAGAGGCAGAAUAAGAAAUGGAGGGGCUGAGGGGAGGUGGGAGAGACACAUGUGGACAGAAUAAGACAUAGAAGGGCUUGGGGGGAGGAAUGAGACACAUGGAGGAGUGGGGGGAAUGACAUAGAUGAAGGGGCUUAGGGAGGAAUAAGACACAUGGAAGGUCUGCAGGGGAUGGAUUACAUAGGGGGGUGGAAUGAGACACAUGAAGGGCUGGGGAAAGAGACACAUGGAGGGAAAAUGAGACACAUGCCCCCCCCCCCAUGUGUCUCAUUCUCCCUCUCAGCUCUUCCAUGUGUGUCUGUUAUGAGAGGCAUAACUAGAAACCACAGGGCCCCUGUGCUAAAAUUGCACUCCCCCUAACCUCUUCAUGUGUCUCACCUCAUAUGCUAAAUUCAAGACAGGCACCACUCAUCUGCUUAAUGAGGUGAUCACCUGAACCAAAUCUUAUAUAAGGAGGAAGAAUAUAAAAACCACUGCAGUGGUCAGCACUACCGUCUUGCAAUAGGACCAACUGGAGGGCAAAAACAGUGCUAUAGAUACCGCAAAGGUAACUGGAAUCAAAAAAUAAAUAUUGAUCAUGCCAAAAGAGAUUAAAAGAAAGGCUUUUUAUGAGCAAAACAGCGGUUACAUUUUUCCUUUACGGGCAGAAUGAUACAGUGAUUGGCAGGUUGCUUUCAUCCCUAAAAUUUCAAAGACGGCAGUUCAUAAGAAUAAGGUCAAGCAGCAGACACUGGGAACAACAAUGCUACAGAGAGAGAAAAUGACUCUGCACUGACCGGUAUGACCGCCAACUCGUUCGAAUGUCACUCAAAAACCAGAGGAUGACAUGAAGUGACCGACAAAAAGAAUGCAAAUGGCAGCUAGGGUGAAGUGCAUGGCAGGGACCAUUCGAAACAGGCUUCUGGGGAGGGGCUGAUAUCGUGCAAAGAUGGGAAAUAAGCCCUUCAUCACUAAGAAGCAAAGAAAAGCCAGGAUUUUCAACUGAUCAUACGGAUUGGACCAUAGAGCACUGGAGCAAGGUUACCUUCUCUGAGGAGUCCACUUUUCAGAUUUGCCCAACACCUGGUCAUCUAAUGGUUAGACAAAAAUCUUGUCUUGCACCCACUGUGACACUAGGUGGAGGAUCGGUGCUGAUCUGGGGGAGCUUCAGCAAGGAUUCGGACAGAUUCAUCUUUGUGAAGGACACAUGAAUCAAGCCACGUACAAGGUUAUUUUGGAAAAAACUUUCUUCCUUCUGCUCUGACAACUUCCCCAACUCUGAGGGUUGCUUUUUCCACCAGGACAAUGCUUCAUGCCACACAGCCAGGUGAAUCAAAGAUCACCUGAUCAAGACCCUGUCAAGUCCAGCCCAAAUCUCCAUAUCUGAACCACUGAAAACCCCCGGAAUGUGAUAAAAAAAAUAAAAAAUGGAUGUUUGAAUCUGUGCACCACAAGUGGGAAAAAGUAACCAAACAACAGUGUGAAGGGCUGGUGGACAGCACAGGUCCGAUCCUGGGUGGGUGCAAAGUGCACAGGCGAUCUGUAGAUAGAGGUGAGGCAGUGAUUCGUGCAGUGCUAGGCUCCACCCCCUCAUGGUAGGAGAGACGGCAGAACUGAAAGGCAAAAGUUACAAGCUGACAAGCUGUUUGAGGACAUCUUGACAAAGGCUCAAGUAGGAGCCGAAACUUUGUCUCCAUUUCUGUGUUGCAAAUAAAGACUGCCUUUUAGAAGAAACCAUCAGGUUUGCCUGGAUAUUUGUAUCUUUUUUCACCAACAGAUAUGCAUUUCUGCUUAGACAUUGGCAGGUUUCCCGGUGGCAAUUUACUUUACUGAGAAAAACUCAUUUGUCCCUGAAUUGGGCUUAAUGUUUUGUUUGUUUAUUAAUUAUGUUUUUUAUAUGUUAUGAUCUAUGUCUCUAUGAGAACAUAUUUGGCCUAGCCUGGCAUUUAGAGAAUAACUCCCCAAUGAGUUGUUAAUAAAAGUCUCCAGGCCCUGGUGAGCAGUAUGGCAAUAUUAACUUUAAUUCAGUCAAAUUAAAAUACACAGGAAUGUAUCAAGACAAAAUGAAAAUAACCUUGUAGGGAAUAUAGAUACUGGAAAAAGGGGCUUUAAUUUAGCUUCUCAGUGUACAUGGACACUUGGAUCCAACAUGGAAAGAUAUAAUAAUAGACUUUUUAAUAACAACUUCAUGAAACUAAAUGGUCAAAUGCACUUUAGAAUCCACCACUAUUAUGGGUAGAAAUUAACACCAAUAAGCAGAGCCGGAUUACCCAUUAGGCAAUCAAGGUGGCCACCUAGGGCCUGGUCAUAAAUACAACACGCAAAGACCAUAAGCAGCCCAAAUUACACCCAACACAAGCAGCUACUCCACACACAUACAUAUGCUCAGAGACAUACGUUCACACACCAGGAUACUUAGGCACAUACACAGUUACAGAAUGCCAGAGACACAGACACACUCAAUCGGAAAUGUACACACUCUCAGACACAUAAUGCUAGAUACUCAUCCCCCCCAUACAGAACCUCCUUCACACACACACACUCACUCACACUACAGUCAGUCAGCACACGCUACUCAUAUCAGAAUUAGGAUGUGAUCUGGAGUCUUUACAUGAAAGUUCAAGGUCAAGACUAGACAGAACAGCAGUGAAGACAAAUGAUAAAUGGUACACUCGGGUCACAUAAUUACACGUUAGAUAAUUAGAAACAUGUCUCUAUUCUCACUGCUCAAUUAUCUGCUAUUUAGGAGUUAAUCACUUUUGUUUCUGUUUAUGCAACCCUAGCCUCACCUCCUCUGGCUGUGACUCUCACAGCCUGCAUGAAAUCAAAAUGGUUUUAUUUUCAAUCAGAUGUAACUUACUUUAUAAGUUUUUAUCUCCGGCUCUGUAAAUUGAACUUUAUUUACAAACAGUAGGCUGAUGCAGGGCCUAGCAAGUAUUAACAAAGCAAGAGAUACGAAAUCUAAAUAAAACAAGAAUUUGCAAUAAAGAUAUUAGACAUUAGAUAUAUCCUUACAGGAAGUGUUUAGGAAGGCUGUGUAAGUCACAUUCAUGGAGGUGUGACGAGGGCUGCAUAAUCAAAGUAAUUUAACUCCUAGAUGGUCAAGAAUUGAGCAGUGAGACUGCAGGGGCAUGAUCUAUUCACCAAAACUGGUUCAUUAAGCUAAAGUUCUUUUGGUGACUAUAGUGUUUCUUUAAAAGAACACUAGAGGCACUCAGCCCACUUCAUCUCAAUGAACUGGUCUGGGUGCCAUAUGUCCCCCAUUUUUUUACACCGCAGCUGAAAACAUAGCCAUUCUGCAGAAACAGCAAUGUUUCCAGCUGCAGGGUUAACCUGCCUCUAGGUUUGUCUUACUAACAGUCACUAGAAGCACAUAAGUGAAAUAGCAGAGAGACCAUCUGAUUGGCACAGUGCGCCAUUUUGUCACACAAGUCUCCUGAUGCUUCCCUAAGGGAAAGCAUUGGAUUGGCUGUGAUCAACAACAGUGAUGAUCACAGCCAAAGAGGCGUAGCUUCAUGGAGGGACCAAUGCUGAGAGGGAGAAUAUGAGUAAAAUACCUUCUUUUUUUUUUAACCUUGGAAUUGCUGGCCAGGUCACCUAAAUGGUAAUCAGGGCAGUACAGCAUUAGGAAUACAUAUUUAAAUUUUAUUCCUUUAAUGAAUAAUGCUGAAAAAAGUUUUGUUAGUUUUUAUUUUAUGAACGUAUCUCUGUAUGUACUGUAAUUAUUACAGUCUUUCUUCCAAACACUUACUGCUUAAGUAAAUAGAAAAUUAUUUUAAUUUUUUUUAGAGUGGCGUAAUACAAUUGCACAAGAAUAUGUACUUCCUAAAAUGCUACAAAAAUAUUUAGCAAUAAAAUGAAUUGAGAUUUUUUUCUGUUGAAUAACUGGCAUAGUCAUCAUUGCGGUUGUGCAAUAUGUUUGGGAGUAAAUUUGGGCAAAAGUUGUGACUAUAGCCACGUUGAAGUAUUUUUAUAAAUCAGCUAUUUUGUUUGCGUUUAUGGGUUAUGCCGUUUAAUUUUCAAUGUGCAGUUUUUUUUUUUUAAUUCACUCCCCCCAGCCUCCCUACUCUUGGGAGUGCUGGGAUUGAUUCUUUCCCUGGGGUCCAGUGGGGCUGCUGGGCGGCCGUCCGGUCACUGCAGUCGGCGAGGGAGCACUGAUCCUCCUGUUCAACUCCCUCGCGCGCGCCGCGUAGUGAUGCCAGGGCCGGAGUGAUGUCAUAAUCCGGCUCCGGCAUCACUGCGGUGCGUGCGAGGAAGCUGAACAGCAGUGCUCCCUCGAUGACCACCCGGAAAGUGCCGCCAAUGCCAGCCCCCAGGACAAGAGGCUGGCAAGGCAUUUGCUUUGGGCGGCACUUUCUGGGGGCGGCAAAAAAAAAAAAACACACCCCCAGAAAGUGCCACCCAAGGAAAAUGCCUUGUCAGCCUCGCGGUAAAUACACACCUGGAGGUAUUGCUAUAACCCCGAAUAACAUAGCUGAGAAACAUAUGAAGUAUUAUACGGUCGUAGCAUACAUAAGGUUUGCAAAAUAUACUGUGCAAACUCACUUUGUCUGUCAAAAAGGAAGAAAAAUGCUUAUUACCACUUGUACCACACUUGGUACAAGCUAGCUGAAAAAUAAUCCCACGCUUAGGUUCAAAAUAUAACCCUGGGAUGUCUUCUUUAAGAAAUGGUAUGCCUUUAUGGUGUAGCUGGAAAAUGUAGCCUGCUCAUGUGCUCCAAAGUGGGACACGGACGCAUAAAAACCCUCCAUGAAAAUUCACACUUAAAAACCUGAAGUUGUUACCUCUCUUUUACAGCACUGGAACUUCACAAAAUAGUGUCUAGGUCAUACAUUGGGCAUAUUGUUUUACUCAGAAGAUGUAACUGAGCAUAAUAUGGGGGAUCUUAUGACAGUGGUACAUAUCAAGUGUAAGAAAUACUCUGCAAAAAUACAACAUGUAUGUAAAAAUCUAAUUUUUUCCCUCUCACCACAAACAUUGAAGUCAUUUGGUGAGAAAAUGGUGACAGGUCAAGGCACAAAUACACCAUAUAAGAUACCCUGGGGUGUCUGCUUUGUCAAAUAAAAGAUGGGUUAUUUAAACAGUCAAACAACUAUAAUAUCCCAACAUGAGACAUAGGCCCAUCAUAUCCAUCUAUGAAAAUUCUAACUAUAGAAACUGAAAUAGCCUUGUCUCUUAUAUGGCAUUGUAGCUUCACAGAAUAGUGCCGAAGGCAUACAAUGGGGGUAUCGUCAUAAUCAGCAGAUGUAGCUGAACAGAAUAUGGGGUUCUGUGCAGGAAUAGCACACACCAGCUUUACAAAAUACACAUUACAAAAACCUUGUGAUAUGUGUAUAUGCCAAAAUAUAGAAAAAACCCCACAAUUUUACUCCAAUAUUUAGCAGAGAUUGUCGAUGAAAUGGCUACAUAAAAAAAGUGUCAAACUAACCUUAGGUAAAUAGCCUGUGAGGUCUACUUUAUCUAAAUAUUUCCUGGCUAAUCAUGGCAGCAUAUACACAUGGGUUAGCUCCUCCCCUUACAGCCGAUAGGACAGGAAAACCACCAAGGUUUUAAAAGGAGGCUCCAUCCCCAAGGUCCUCAGUCUUUUUUCUGUCCUACAGCCCUUAGGACGUGAGCAAUUUGCUCCCUUUACUUACGGACAUGUAUUUUUUUUUUUUAUCUUCAUUACUUUAUUUGCCUGUUUUACUGUAGUACAUUAUGCAGUUGUGCUUUUAUGCUGUGAUGCAUUUAAGCUUUGAUAUCUUGAAACUAGUGCAUUAUACAGCUUUACCUUAUUUUUAAGAUUGUGGUACAUUAUGUGGUUGUACUUUUACUAGGAAGCAUUUAAGAUGUGUGGCAUUUAAAACUGUUUAAUUUAAAUUUGCAUUUAAUACUGUUGCAUGUAAUACCGCAAGUCAGUGGAAACUGCAGUGUGUUUGAAGACUGAAACAUUUUUUGAAAACUGUGAUACAUUUAGAAAACUGUGUUACCUUUUAUACCUUGAGGCCUUUCGACUGUGGUGCCUUUAAACUUUGACUUUUUGCACCUGGUUGCCUUUUAAACUUCCUUGCAGGCACUUUUGUUAUCUAUUUUGCUUCCCCUCGGUCCCAGUGAUUUAUUCCCGGUUCCCUGGGUGUUUAGGGGCCAUGUAGGCUUCAGACAGAGUCCUUUACCUGGUCUCUAAACCGCAAACACACUCAGAAUAGGCCCACAUGUGUGCAGUUUGUGCCUUAAUGGGCCUAAUACAGAUGACUUGCAUUGUGGGAAUACAAGUUGUGGCAGCUAUCUUGGAUAAGGGCAAUUGCCAGAAAGAUCCUAAAAUAAAGGGAAAAUUACAGUAAACAUACCACACUUAUUUGGUAAGUAUUUGCAGGGUCUCCAGACAUGGAUAAGUGCUGUCUUCAGCCUGUUUUAAAGCUGUUUCACUGGUUUCUUAUAGAAUUUAACAGUGCACUUUUUUACUUAAUACUUUACCACAGGUAAUAUUUAGUAAUUAUUAUUUGUCAGAUGUCUGAUUCUUCACAGGAUCUGGUUAUGAGUAGAAACAGUGGAAGAAAUCGUUUAUGCACUGACUGCCUCCAGAAGGUUGUCGCUUUAGCAUGACCUAUCAAUGUGCAGCCACAUGAUUUGCGGGCAGGGCUUACAAAGUAAGUUCCAGAGGCCUUACGGGUAAGAAAAGAGGCCAGGCUUUACCCUGUGGAGGAAGUUAUUUCCAACCCCAGAACUACACCAUCUAAGUUGCAAAGUUAUGGAUCAUAGGUGGACGUAGACCUGUCCAAAAUUUUACGCCUACCAUUGCAGGAGGCCAGCCAGCUGUGACUUCCGCUGCUGUUUCUACAAACAUGAAAUAUGUGAUUAAAGAUCUAAAGGCUACUAUGGAGAGAGAGAGAUUAAAAGCCAAGACUGAAGAGAAAUUCUGAAGUCUUCAGGUUACAACUGACUUCUUCACAGAAACUUCCCUAGAUGUAACUAGGAGAUUCUCUGGAUCAAAUGGCUUUAUCUAUAGCAGAAGCAUUAUGGUUCUGUUUCUGGGAUGAUGACUCAUCCUCCAAGUCUGCCCUCCACACCAUUCUAUUUGAAGGGGUGGUGCUGUUUGGGAAAACUUUGGAUAAUUCCAUUGAAAAGGCGAAUGAGGGCUGCAAGAUAUUUGUACCUCAGGACGGAAGUUCCAAGGAUCCCAGCUCCUCAUAGUCUGACCGGAGAACCUCCAGUGACCAGUAUUUCUGAGAUACAUGGAGCUACUGACCCUGCAGGGUAUACUCCAGAGGUAACUCAUGGCAGUUGGUAAACCUGCCUUUCAAGGUUCUAAUGGAGCUAUUAAGCAGUCGUUUUGCUCUUCAGCAAUGAACAUGUCUCCUCCAGUACUAGGAGUCUCAUUUUUCUGAUCACACAUACACGGGCUCGUCAUACUCUGGAGGCUUGAGUGGUAUGCAUAGUCCAGAUUGAUAUAGACUGGAGUUUUUUCUUCAGGCACAGGAGUCUCCAUACCAACAGGAGUAUUAAGACCAAUGAAUCAAAAGGUAAAGCACUGAAGGAAGAAGCCUUCUGGACAAAGAGGUGAUUUAUUUUUUUUUAGGUCCCAGAACAAGAGCAGUUCCAGGGACAAGUUUCGCCUAUCUUCUGGUGCUAAGAGGAAAAGCACAUGGAAGCCUACACUGGACCUAAAAGGGGCCAACAAGAGGCUGAAUGUCAGAGUCUUCGGGAUGGAGUCAAACAGAUCCAUAUCUUAAGCAAUCUAGAAGGAUAAUUUCCUUACCUCUAAAUAUCUCAAGGAUGCUUACUUUCAGUCCAAUCUGCAGAGAUCUUCGGCAUUAGCUCAGAAGAGAACUUCCAAGUUAGUGCCCUACUAUUUGGCCUGAAUGCGGCCGCAAUAAUCCUUAUAUGUGUUUAGUGUUAUUGAGAGUCCAGAACUCCACCUGGUUCCAUUAUCUGAAGGAUCUACUUCUGAUAGCCUUAGACCAAGAGAAGGCAGGCACACAGAGGUAUUUAGUUCUUUCAUAACUCCUAAAGUUUGGCUGCUUGUUGAAUAUCAAGAAAAGCAUUUUCACAUCAGCUCAGUUGUUGACAUUCCCAAGUGGAAAAUUUAUAUACUCUGCUUUUUCCCUAUCUCAGGAACAGUUCCACAGAUUGUGAAGGUUUUCUCUCACAGUUUAUCCAUUUCUGCUUGGUAACAGCAAGAAAAUAGAUGCAACUACUAGGAAUCCUGGCUUCCACCAGCAGACUUGUCAGAUGGGCCCAAUGGCAUCUCAGGAUUCCUCACAGAUCCUUCCUAUCUUGGUUUAACAAGAGAAAGAUUAUUGGAGCCAGCCACUGAUUAUGUCCCCAUCAGUGGAGUUACACUUUACCUGGUAGCUGAAAAGAGGGAUUAGAUCUCUGAGUUUCCCAGGGAACAGAACCUCAUUGGUCAAUUAUUAGCUCGAAUUCCAGUUUUUAUAAGAUUGGUUUUACAGUGUUUGGACCAUGUUGCACAAUAUUUCCAUUCAUUUGUAUGGUAUUACGAGUCAUUUUCAAGGCUCUUCUUCACUUCAGAGGCUUGCUGAAGAACGAGUGGGUACAAAUUUGCUCAAAUAUCAAUGCAACUGUAUCCUAUAGCUAUCAAGAUGGGUCUCACAGAUACGUAUUGAUGGAAUUCCAGCCCAUAAUCAGGGCACAGAAGAACAACCAGGGGCUCAGAAUACAAUGGCUGUUUGCUUGAGCCGAAUAACUGUGGACAAGGUGUAUUGGCAACCAUGUCACGACAUAUCCUCGGGGUUGACGCAGAUUUGUCUGAUACCCUACAUAGAUCUGAUGGCCAUUUCUUGGAACUACCAGGUCCAGAAGUAUUUUCUACAUGCUAGGACCAGAAUGCUCAGGUGCAGGAUACACUGACUCAAAUUUAGAAUUUUAGUCUGAUGUACAUAUUUUCCUGUUUUCGUCUUUCCUAAAAAGGUAAUUCAAAAGGUGACAGUGGAAGACCGUGUCGACUAAUUCCUGUGAUGAAUAAAUGAUUAUGGAACCUCCAAGGGAAAUUCCAGUAUGUCCAAACCUAUUACAAGGCCCCUUGACACACUAGGAUCCUCAAGUUCUGGUGUUGAUGCGGGAGUCCAUAUUAGUAUAGACAUCCAUGAGACGGUCAUUGAGAUACUCUUACAAUCCUAUACAGGCUUUACAAAGCUUGACAUGCUUUUGUCUGUUGGAAUUACUCCUCGUUCAGGCCUUGAAAGGUUCUGUGUUAUAAUACUCUAGAGGAGCACUUAGCAGCACUUUGCUUCAUAUAGGCAUUGAUUGAAAUCAUGCCUCCACUGAGUGUGGCGAAGCCAAUACGUGACGUACCACUGGUCUCACGGGCCCUGACUAAACCAUUAUUCGAACCUCUAGAAGGAGCUUCCAUGGUGGUAGCACAGAAAGUGCUGGUGGCUGGUACCCCAGCAAGGAAAAUGGGUGAACACCAGGCUUGAUUCUGUGAACCCCCUUUCCCUACUUUUCAACAGAUAUGGUCGUCUUGCAUUUGGCACCUGAAGAUCCUGCCUAUGGUGAAUUAUGUAUGUCAUUCUCUACAUAUACUGAAGGGUACCCAUUGAGCGUGGAUGCUGGUUGAUCCCUGGUGCUUUGCUGCAUGUUAGCAACAAUUGAACUCAAGCCUUCGCUAAGGGUGUUGAAACCAAUAUGUGACAUACCACUGGUCUCACAGGCUCUGACUAAACCAUCAUUUGAACCUCUAGCAGGAGCUUCCAUGAUGUUAGCACAGAUGUUGCUGUUACUGGUGGCUGGUACCUUAGCAGGGUGAAUGUGUGAACUCGAGGCUUGAUCCUGUGUACCCCCAUUCACUGAAUUUCAACAGGAUAUGGUUGCCUUGCAUGUAGCACCAGAGAUCCUGCCUAAAGUGAGAGCCUUUCAAUGCCAUUCUCUACCUGUACCAAAGGAUUUUGGGGCAUUCUCCACUAGUGCUGUUACAGCGUCUCGUGGGCUUCCAUGGCAAAGGUCUCUGCUGAAACUUUGUAAAGUUGGCAUUUGGAUCUCUUUGAACCAGUUUGUCCUGCAUUACAUAUUGAACAUUGAAGCAAUUAAUGAGGCACAAUUUGGACGUCAUGUCCGUUCUCUACCUGUGCUGGAGGGUAUCACGGCACUCUCCUCUCAUGCUGUUGCAGCAUUGUGGGUUUCCAUGGCAAUGGUUUCUGCUGACACUUUUUGUAAGCUAGCAUUUGAACCUCUUUAGACAUGUUUGUCUGGCAUUUCAUACUGUUCGUUAAAACAGUCUAUGGUGCACAAUUUGGUACUCAAGUACUUAACUCAGUUCAUUCUUCUAUCUAUGUUGAAUUAUUCUGAUCUAUUUGAUUGGCUAUUCUGUCCCUCCCUUUGUAAGCUUGGGUAUUCCCCAUGUGUAUAUGCUGCCAUGAUUAGCCAGGAAAGUGGAAAAUGUAUUCAUACUUACUGUAAUUUUCUUUUCCUGGCUAUUAUUCAUGGCAGCACAUACUUCCCACCCAUUAAUAUCUCUAUUUAUGUACUGUAGAGCUUGUAAACUGACUGAGGACCUUAGGAAUGGAGCCUCCUUUUAAAACCUUGGUGCUUUUCCUAUCCUAUCAGCUGUAAGGGGAGGAGCUAACCCAUGUGUAUAUGCUGCCAUGAAUAAUAGCCAGGAAAAGAAAAUUACGGUAAGUAUGAAUACAUUUUCCACUAUACUUUUGUGUGGCAAUUUUGUUUUCUGUGAUGGCUAUUAAACCUACAAGACAAACAUAUCAACGUCUAAAAAAAAUUUCACAUUGAAAUUUAGUCCUAUAAGCUGGAAUCCUAUACAUGUUAUGUACUCUAUAAAUCAAGACACAUAAAUUAAUUUAUUUUGAAUUACUUUUUCGAAGCUGGACAUAUUGUGCACACGCUAUUAUUGACAAAACUGUCAAAGAUAAAUGUUUUUUUCUUCUUCCUUUUUUUGGCAUUUGUUUUAUAAUUAAUGAGAAUUUAUCCAUGUAUAUGUGACAUCAAAUUAAAGCCCUUUUUGCCCUCUAAAAAAAACGGUAUAUAAUAUGUGUUGGUGCAAUAAAUGACAGAGAUGCAAAUUGCGUGUGAACACAAAUAGAAAAAAAUGCAAAAAUGGCUUGUGUCCUUAAGGGUAAGUUAAGUUUUUGAAGCUGCGUCCUUAAAGGGGUUAAUGUUGCUUAUGUCAAAUAAACAAAAAAUAAUUAUCUAUAGAAGGAAUCUACGGAUUAUUCUUCCGAGUGUUAAAGGGCCGCAUUAUCAAAAUCUACAAUUUUAACUCCCAACAAAACGUGUGAACGACCAGGACUUCUACAGAAAAGCAUACAUAUUACAAGCCGGAGUUGAGACUUUGUAUUCAUGUUCUCAUUAUCCCUAAAUGGCGAUCUCAUGAAUUAGACAAUAUAGACCUCCUCCCAAAGAACAAGGCAGCAGCCUGAACACCUGUCACAGCCCUGGGACACAGACUGGCCUUUAUUGUGGGAUGGCAGCUGCUAACUGCCAUCAGCAUCACAUUUCAUGCACAAAGACUUGCUUCAUUUUUAUGGUUCAGGGCUACGCAAGAAAUGAAGGAGAAGGGCGAACAUUUUACGUGAGAGUAUCGUGUUGCAUUUUAAAUAUAAUGUUUGAAUAAAAUUAAAGUAAGUACACAUCAUAACAAACACCAAACAAACAAGCAGCAAAGGGAAAAAAUACUCUGGUACUGUGGCUGUUAGAAUGCCUAAUUAUUAAACCUUUGUGAUACCCACUUUGCUGUCGGCUGUCAAGUCAGCCUCCUGGGGGAUUGUUUGGGUUUUAUCCUAGCGCAGUGACAUUACUGGGUGGCUGUGUGUUAGUAAAAAUAAACACAAUGUCAAUAAAAGAGGUAAUUGAAUGGGAAUGAAAAUGCACAUUUUGACCAAGUUCAUAAUAAUUUUAGUUUUAUUUACUAAAUUAGGAAUUGUAGAGAAAUUUAAGGGAAUCACAAAUAGCUGAAUUGGAAAAAUUGUUUAAUUGGGAAAUUUUUCCAGUUCAGCCAUUUUAAAUGAAAAGUUUGCAAAUCCGUUGACAAGCCUUCAAAAUUUUUAUUAAGUGUAUUCCUGACACUAUAGUUCUCUGUUUAGAUAGUCAGCCCCCCCUUACCUGGGGUUAGAAAGGUGAUUUACUCCAUGCAUCUGGCCUUGCCAUAACUGAUGAUCUCAGCCAAUCACAAUGCUUUCCCAUAGGAAUCAAUUCUGAUGAUCUCAGCCAAGGAGGCAGGAUGGAGAGGCGGUGUCUGUCUGUGUCAUGGUCUGUCAUGGUGUGUGUGUGUGUCUGUCAUGGUAUAUGUGUGUUUCUGUGUCUGUCAUGGUGUAAAUGUGUGUUUAAAAAUAGUGUUUUUGCUCACCUUUUUUUUCCCCACGCAGCGUGCUGGUCUCCCUCGACUGGCCCUGCCUCUAUAGCUGAGAUCAUCAAGCUUGAUGAUCUCAGCCAAUCCAAUGCUUUACCAUAGGAUUGGCUGCAAAACGCCACUCCAAUUAGCAUCUCCUCAUAGAGAUGCAUUGAAUCAAUGUAUCUCUAUGGGGAACGUUCAGCACCUACAGAGUGUGGAGGCCAUGAAUGUAGGUGCACUAACACAGGAAGCACCUCUAGUGACCGUCUGAGUGACUGUCACUAGCAGUGUCACUUUGAAGCAAUGUAAACACUGCCUUUUGUCUGAAAAGUCAGUGUUUACGUUGAAAAGCCUGUAGGGACAUGCUAUAGACACCAGUACCACCACAUUAAGCUGUGUGUGUGCGUCUGCUAGUGAGUGAGCUUGCUUGCAUGCGUGUGCCUGCUAGUGAGUGAGCUUGUGUUUUAUGUCAAUGAGCUGAUGUAUAUCAGUAAGAUUGUUUGUCUAUGAGGCUGUGUAUCAAUGAGCUUGUGUGUGUCAUUGAGAUGUCAGUGAAAUUGCCUGUGUCUGCAUGUGCGUAUGCUUACUGUAUAAUUAAACGUUUUACCCUGAAAGGACCAAUAUUUUAUAUUAGAAAAAGCAAUAUAUAUAUAUAUAUAUAUAUAACUCAAUCAUCUGUCCUGGCAAGACAUAGCCUUACAUAUUACACGCGACAAUAUAUGGCACAGUGACUUAUGGGGCUGGCACAAAUUAUUUUUCCAGGGCUGCUUUGUAUCCCCAGUCCGGCCCUGCGUUUGAGGAGUGUUUUUUAGGCUCUAAUGUAGGUAUUGUCUACAUAAAAAUAACUGCAGGGACUGACUAUACUCACCAGAUUAACUACAAUAAGCUGUAGUUGUUCCUAGUGUCCCCUUAAUAGGAAAAUCUAAAUGAAAAACAAACUUUAAAUAAUUGAGUUAACCGUUUCAUAUGAUGGUUGCUAUGCUGUCCUGUUGUUACGGAACAAGUUGCCGCUAUAUAAAUGCCAAUAAUAAUAAUAAUAAUGACCGUAUUGUUUUUCUUUCAGUUUUCCUUUCUUUCUUGCGCAGAAUCUUGAGAUUCAUGCACUGCCAUUUUUUUUCCUAUGUCCAUGCUGCCUGCAAUUGCCAUUCUGUGGCAUUGACUGAGGGAUUGUGGGUAAUUUAGCUUAGAAAAUGAAGAGACAAAAAAUAAUAAUUAAUCUAAAAACAAAACUUGCAAAGCGGUCAUGCUGUUUUGAACACAUCUCUUGCUGUUUUACUGCAGCAGGAUAUGAUUCAUGUUGGUACCAGCGAAUCCAGAUACUUGGGGCUCCCUUCUGAGAGAUGGGGUCAGGUUUUCUGUUUAGGGUGAUGACGUAGUAUAUGUCAUAAUGCUCGCUUGGGCAUUCGUUUCACAGAUAAGUACACAUGCCUGCACCCAAGUAUACCGUGCCAUUAGGGUUAAAUUAAUUUACAUGGCAUUCUCUACCUGGGUUGGGCCAUUCGGACAUGCAAUCUAAAUUACAAAAUAAAAUAAUUGAGAAUGAAAAAAUAAAAAAACCAAAGCACAAUCUAACUUUAGUUAGCUAUCGAGUUGUAGAAAACCUUGUUCUUCUUUAACCCCUUAAGGACCAAACUUCUGAAAUAAAAAGAUAUCAUGACAUGUCCUUAAGGGGUUAAGCUAUAACAACACUAAAAGAUUAUGGUCCUUAAGAUGGUUAAUAAUGGGGGGCGGGGCCUGACCUGCAAACUAGACGGUCGCAUGGCAGAGGAGCUCCCAAUGCCAAAGCGUUUUUUGGGGGAUAUACUCACUAAAAAGAUGCCGGGGUACGCUACCCACGCUGGGGCACCCUGGCGAAUCGCCUGAUAUCGAACUCAAGUAAUUCCCACAAGCACAAGCCUGAAGGGGCCCAAGGCGGCCCGCGGUGGAUGGGGCUGGGGGGAGGCGGCCGCUCUCCUCGCCUCCACACUGGGCGCGCUGUGCCACAGAUCACCCUUCCCCCCCCUACAGGACCGGCGGGGGUUAUCCCGGUCCAACCCCGCCAGACGGAAGGGCUACGGCAGAUGCGGAUGGCGGAGCCUAACAAGCAGCUCCCAGCCGCACAGACCCACACAAUGGCAAACGCCACGUGCGACUGCAAUGGCGGCAGAGCGGAGACCGAUGUCCUGAAAAGGCUAGACGCUAUCUUCGACGCCUUUUGGGCACAACUAGCACUCAGAGAACGACAGGUCAACAUACAAGAGACCUUACCCAGAGACGGACCCGCACGUGCUUGCCACAGCCACGCUGUUCCCCGCUCGGAGGCACCCACAAGAUGGCGCCGCAGACGGAGACCUCACCCGCAUACCCGCAAGUGUCUGACCAAAACAGCGCUGAUAACCCGCAGGGACAAGCAGGUCCCACCUCAUCCUCACACGGCACCAAACCCCGCCAGGCAACCUUCAAGAAGCAAACACCCAUCAGGGCACCAGAACCUGUCAACGCCAAGGGGAGUUCCAGAAUCCAGGACCAAAGCACCAACUACCUACAAUAACACUACAGGUACCCACAGCGACAAGCGACCAGGCCCAGCAUCGGACCUAGCGCAACUAAACUUUGCCUUAUCCCAGCGGCCACAAAAACCAGCGACAAGAUCCCUACCUAUGCCCCAAAAGGACUGCCAAGUACCCCUAUCAACAUUCCCAAUGCUGGGCAUAGGUUGACAGCGAGCACUCAGGCUGGACUCUCAGAGGCACAUACCCCAAACCUCUGCCACAACGGACACUGUGUUAACCACUUUGCAGCCUCCUAAACAGAGACCCACCUAACUGGAGACCUCUACGAGAUAAGCCUAUAAUGCCUACAAGCCAAUAAGCAAUAUGCGUUUAUAUGUACCACGUAUGUUUGGCAACGAGAUAUGCCAUUGGGGACCAUGGCGGAGUAACCUGUCGCAAUGGUGUUUUACUCUUUCCUCCUGGCCCGUGCCAUGUAUUUACCCCUAUGCUGUGCCUUGAAGCAGAAACUGCAUUUGCAUAAGUGACAGGGUAGUGAGGGUGUCUCUGCAAUGUCCUAGUACAGCCUCGGUUGAUAUAUUGCGCAGUUGCCUAAUACACCCAAGUCGUCACGGUAUAAUGGGGAAUAUUUAAUCUAAAUCACAGGCAUUACUGUUCCUAUUGUAUUUAUGACUGUUCCGCAGUUAUAUGCUUAAUUACACUCAUGUCCUUAACCUGUGUCCUACUUUCAUGACACUCACUUAGUACAUCUGGCAUGCUACUCACCACGUCUAACAUGCUUAGAUUUCUAAUCAACUUUAAACUGCUAUAACUUACAAACAAACGUAUGCAUAGCUUGAUUAUAAUUUUAUUAUAAAAAUGUGCCGAUGUUUACAUGCCAUAAACGUGAAAAACUGUGUUCUAACUGUUCUUAUGCAUGCCGUUGUGGCAUUGUUAAAUGUUCUGUUACCUCCUGCACAAUGAAAAAUAAAGAAUUUAAAAAAAAAAAUAAAAAAAAAUAAAAUAAAAAAAAGAUGGUUAAUAAUGGAUGGAUGAUAAAUUUAGGGGCUUCUUCUUGAAAAGUACUAAUGUAGUAAUUUAAAAAAGUGGAGGUAAUUCACUAAAAUUUACCAUCCAAAAAAUAAUCCCAGCCCAUUUUCCAUAAUGGCACAAACUCAAACUAUCCCUGAAAUGGAGUAUCCAGAGGUCCAGCCAGUGUGAGGAUAAGGCACAGUGCCAACAUUGCUGCAUGCUCUUCUGCUGUAAGAUUGCGUGACUGACACCCUUCUCAAUUACGAUUCCUACUAAGGGAUUCAGAGAUGGGGCGGGGAAUCUGUUUGACAUCACCUGGAGCAAUUCUGCACAUUAUACUACUGUCCACUCAGGCACCCAUUUGCGGCAGCCAGCCCCUAAUGCAGCCAAGUCCCAGUGGACCCCAGUGAAGCCACCCUCCAGCAUCGAAAGGGUAUGGGGAACAGGAAGGCAAAAAUAUGUAAACUACGACGUGUGCAUGUCAGUAUGUGUGUGUACAUGUUCAUGCAUCCCUGCAUUCAAAACACCAACACUACUUACAAAUGCUCCACUGCAUUCAAAUAGCAAUAGUAAAUACCAACACACUAUAAUUUAGUAUAUAGUCAUUUUGGCAAUAUUGAAUAAAAAAAUUACAGCUGGGAGCAAUGCAAGUGCUCCUUUGCAGUCCUGGCGCUCAGCGACUGGGUCAGAAUGCAGCCGCCGGCUUACCAUAACAAUGUGAGUGCCAGACUUGAAGAAUGUUUUAUAUAGUCUGCACCAACUACAGGUGCAGAACACUCCCCCACUGGUCUACCAGGACGCACUCAGCAGCACCAUAGAACUUUACUCCCUCUAGCCCUGCAGGAAGGUACAUUUGACAUUAACAUUACACACACACACACACACAUCACACUGAGCUAACCUCACAUAUUAUUUAUAAAGCACCAAUAAAUUCCUCAGCGCUGUACAUACAAUCGCAUUCAGGCAAACUCCACAUACUAUUACACUCUGUCACCAAACACAGCCCACUUAGAUGUAUUGCUUAGGGGAGCGACGAGGGGGGUCCUGUUUUUGGUUCUUAGUUACGGUGCUGACUCGUAUGACUUAGGGGAUGUCUAACUGCAAUAAGAUAAUGUGCUGUUAAUUUAUUGUACGUUUUCCACAUGUCACUGCUGGAGAUAAUAUUAAGUUAAUAUACUAAAUCCUCUCUAACGCCCUUUAAAUUGACAUUAACCUUUGGGUUUUUUUUUUUGGUAGCACUGAUUUUUCUUUGGUCACAUAUUAGAUGUGCAUCAUUGUUCUGUUACGUUAGUGCCUACACAUUGCUGGGUGAAAUAGAUAUUGCACUUUUAUCUUUUAUUUGUUGUUGUUCAGGCACUUGUUUGACACUAUAGGGUCCAGCUAGGAGGCAUGCAACUGAUCCAUUAUUAUUACUGAACACAUGCAAUGAUAAAGGUCCAUUAACUGUUUAAAAGGAAAGGAGAAACAAUAAUAGCACUGACAAAGUUAAAAAAUAAUGAUGUGCUGGAUAAAUCUUUCCUUAUAUAGAUAAAACAAUUGUGACUUUUUCCAAUUUUUAUUUUGAGUUGUGUGGACUGUAACAUAGUAAAAGGCCGAUCCGAAGCACCAUCACCACUAAUGCCUAUUGUACUUCUUAUUAAGCAAGGGGUCUAUGGAUGUCUUCCCUCCACUAACUGAUCAAUUGUUUAAAAAAAAUAAAAUAAAAAUAAACUACUGAGGUUUUCCCAGCACCCAAAGCCACUCUCAAGUUUCUCAGUAAUAAUGAGAACGUUCACAUGCGCAUGCCAUGCAAUCAUAAGCUCUGGGAAGGAACUUUAUCAGGACUCUGCCAUGCCGAAUCACCAGUAUGGCUAAAUCACUAUCAGCACUUCCAGUGCCACAGAGCUGACAAAAGCUGCAUAGGGAUAACAGCUGCAGGGCCAAGGUUGAACACCUCUGGUAUAUUGUCUUUCACAACUCAGUAACAAAGUGAUUUAGGUAAAAUACAGGAAAUAGCAUAGUUUAGGAAUUUCAUUCACAAGAAGAGCAAACGCUUGCAAACUAACUUGAGUAUACAUCCCAGCUGUUCUGAGUUUGGUUGGCCUAUCCUGGAAUUGGGGUUCUCUGGACAAAAGGAAGUAAUAAAAAAAUAAAGCACCGUGAAUUUAUAUGUGCGUCUGAGCUUGUUAAUAUGUAUAGCUAGGAAGCUGCAUGUCUGCUCCGUGUCCUUGGACAUUCAUCUGAUAUCAGCCCACCAACACCUAUUUUAUGUGUUUUAAAUUGGGUAGAAGGCACAUUGACAUUGCAGGAGUCAUACCAUAGAUGUUGAUUACAACAGUGCUGGAAAAGUUAUAGAGUGAGAAGAAAUUAGUAAAGAUAAGAUCAAGAUUGUAACCAGCUAUGGGAGUAGGUGUGAAUGAGAACUUAGAAGGGGGUGCAAGGCAACUAGUAACACAUUAAAUGACCACUAUAGGCAUCCAGUCCACUUAUUUUCAAUGUUGUACUCUGGGGUGCAGUGGCCCGGCCAUUUAUUGCAGGCGGCUGUGAGUCUCUGAGCUGAUAGAAUAACUUUAUGGAGCCCUGAAUCUAAAUUGGUAGUAGUGUUAUAGGAACUCAAGGCUAAGAAGCACAUAAGAAAAUGGACACGGAUUCCAGGAAGCGAACAUUGAUUUAUUUGCAGCUGCAAAUGUCUCAAUCAGACAAUAGUCUUGGAGUACCUGACUGAGCACACGUUUACAAGAGAACAAAGAAUAUAUACCACAAAUGACGUUUUCCAUACGUAUACAGAGAAUACAAAAAUUAGAUACAAUUAUUAAACUAAAACUUAUCUCUUACAUAUGUUAAAAGUGGGCGUUCCUGACAUUCCACACAUGGACCCUGGUCCAAGAUAGUUGCACAGUAGUUUUAACCAUGUGAGUACUGAAAUUUACUUAAAGAUCCUGUAGCUUCUACCACAGUAGAACACUAUAGCAUUAGGAAAACACGUUUGCAUUCCUAACGCUAUAGUGUUCCUUUAAUGGCUAGGUUGUGCACUGGGGCACACAAACUUUUAAUGUUAUGAAGUCCAUUGGUUGAAAUAAAAUUGCAUCUGAACUCCAAUAGCGUGGGUCCCUUACCGUACUGUACUAAAGCUCCCACUCGCCUACUCCACUGUAGGGCUGGAUGGAAGUGAUGGCAGUGUUUGAAGGAAGCCAUGUUGAAUGAGAAUAGAGCAGACUCCAGCACUUGCAGCCUGAUCCCCAAUGUACCCCAAGGAAGCCAAAGUCCUGAUAUAAAAUGUUGGUAAAGUGGAGGAUGGCUUGAAACAUAGAGGGUUAUUCACUUCAGUGAUAAUUUAAAAUUUAAAGUGAAAAUAGCCGAACUGGAAAAAUUCUCUAAACCAGCUAUGCUAUCAAAUUCUCUUUGUAUUUACAAUGUGGAAUACUUUUUGUGGAAUAAGCCUGGUAGAUUUCUACAAGUGUACAAAAUUAAGUCUUAUGUUCAAACUCCCAUUACUCACAGGUGGCAGCAAUGGCUAUAGUAAUCAGCAGCCCAAAUACAAAGAUUGUUUUGCCUUCUUUUGGAUCAACAACAAAAAACAAAUGUGAGGGUGACUGAACUUGAUGUACAAAUGUCUCUUCAGCCUAUGUAACUAUGUAAAGAACAAAAGGAAAAAAAGUUACCUGCACACUAUCCCAAAUCCCAAUGCACAUUUAAAUAACAGGAGGUUUUUAGUAUUACUUCAAUGGCCAUUAAGGUGUGAGCUGAGCUGCCCCGUCAAAGCAAACCUUUUAGGGAAACUUUACAUAGUAUCAUUCCAAAAGCCAUUAAAGUGUAAGCUCACCUGCUCUGUCAAGGUGAAUUGCUACAAGGUAAGUUAGGAUUCAAAGUGAAGGUCAGACUAGCUGAACUAUUUAGCUAUUUUAAAUUGAAUUUGAAAUUCACUGAGUUCACCUUGAAUACCUCCCAUCUUUGGCACUCCAGGAAUCGGGACAUCGGUGGGAGUCCUUACAUUGGCUUCCUGUAUUCUAUAAGAGUCAAUUCAAAGUACUAAUCCAUACAUAUAAAGCACUGAACAAUCCUAGCCACUCAUAUAUCUCUUCACAGAUCCAUAGGUAUGUCCCUUCUCGGUCUCUCCGCUCUGCCCCUGACCUUCUCCUGUCCGCUGCUCGCACCCGUAUGGCCAUGCUUGCAGGACUUCUCGCGAGUGGCUCCCUUCCUAUGGAAUAGCCUGCCUACCGCCAUCAGACUCUCCCCUAGUCUUCAAUCAUUUAAAAAGUGUCUUAAAACCCAUCUCUUUAGGAAAGCUUAUUGCCUCCUAGAGUAACCUCUACCUCACAUACUUGGAAAGGGCCCAAAAAUCAGGACUGUUCUGUCAGAAUCAUGACUGUUGGGAGGAAUAUGUGAUGGGACAAGAGAACUUAUACAAAAAAUGUGCAGGAGUUUGCUUGGCAGUGUGUAUCACUGUUUGCCCAGGCAGUGUGUGUAACUGCCAGUGAAGUAACGAAAAUCUACAGCCAUUUCGUGACAUCUGAUAACAACUUUAGAAUACUGUGCUCCAGACUAUAGUCAUACCUUCACUUUAGGUUUGCAGGUUAGUUUUUUCUGUUCUAAUGGCUAUUCAGAAUAGCACUCUCGAAUGGUUUAACCCCUACAGUUGCCUCCAGCGUCGAUCUCCAUGUCCCCCAGGCGGCAUCCUAAUUCAGAAUCCGAGUUACAGGAAAGGCACUGUGCCGCCGGGCAUUGGCACCACGGAUUGCUAGAGUGAUCAGCUGAUGCUCUAAGCCAGUCAGUAGAUCCCCAUCAUAAAGAGGUACGUACAUUUUUUAAAAACGAAAGGCUAAUGAUUGUCUUAGAGCUAGUUGCUGGAGGCAAACUUUGGGGUUAAACUGUUCGAGAACAGUUUAAUGCCUUAAAGUAAGAGAGAGUGCCCAGGUGCCUCCUGGCACCUUAACUUUAUUUACAUGCAGUUGUUAUAGUGAUCGGAGUGUUCCUGCACACAAAAAAAGUUAAAGCAGGUAACACGUAAUAAACUAUAUUAUGUGCCUGGUAUACUAUAUUUUGGGCAUGAUCAACUAAUUCUAGUGCAGGUGAUUGAUAGCACAGCACAAGGCCGUCCCGUCCUUAGGGCGAACUGGGGCCAUGGCCCCAGACGACACUUUAACAGGGGCAGCAUUUUGCCACUCCGGCCUUAGGGGUCCAGGCUGCCGAGGCUGCUCUCUAAUUGGGCAACUUAGGCCAUUGCCUAAGGCUUCGCGGCCACCUAAAUCAGCUUGGGGCAGACUAAUCCAUCGGGCCCUCGGCCAACACCAGGAGGGGACCCAGCUGCUUGCCCUGUAUGGCGCUGAGUGCAGGGCCCCAACAUCAGUUUGCCGUGGAGGAGAGAACCUCUGGUCUGCAGCUCCACUGAGUGUGAGCUGGAGACUAUUUGACGGAGGGAUCGCGAGCUCCCAGAGCAUUGCCAUGGGUUACCAUGGAAAUGCUCUGGCCGGAGCUUGCAAGAACCCCAUCACGUGGUCUAUAGCUCACACCCGGCGGAGCUGGAUACCGGAGAGCCAGCCCACUGGACCACCAGGGACAGAAUUACUUUUAAAAAAUGUAUGUUAGUGUGAAGAGGCUCAUCACAGCUUGCCCCGCCCACCACUGUCACCCUACAGCCUGCCCGCACAACUCUCACACCCUGACUGUCACCCUCAAACCCUGCCCCACCCACCACUGCCACCCUAUACUGUCACCCUACAGCCUGCCCCCACAACUCUCACACCCCGACUGUCACCCUGAAACCCUGCCCCACCCACCACUGUCACCCACCACACCCUGCCCCCCUAUACUGUCACCCUUUUUUAGCCCAUAGGUAAGAGGCAGGGAAGGGGGAUAAGCCCAAUUUAAUUUAAACUGCUCACCCCCCAGAAUGUAUCCAACACACACACUACAUGCACUACACAGAUACUACAUCCACUGCAUCCACUACACAGCAGGCAUUGCAUUCACUACACACACUGCAUUGGCAUGCUUCUGGUGGUGGUGGGGGAGGGCAGUAUUUUAUCCUUGGGCCAGCCCUGGUACAGCGUGCACACUAUGAAGAAAUAUAUAUUUUCUGUGGCACCUCUGGUGCUCCGUGUUAGUCAUGAAAUAGUGUGAAAAGUCAGAAAUUCUAAGUGAAACUGUGACGGCAGAUAAUACCAGUGUGGACCAUCUAGUAUGUCCAAUUUUCACAUUUUAGCAAAGAAUGGAUUACCUGGGAUUUAACAUCGCUGACAUGGGCCUUAACACUGGACAUUCACAUUGACUGUUUACACUCAGCUUGUACAAGGUACACGGCUCAGUGAAAUCACACGCGGGCGGUCACGCCAACCCAACAAAUGCACUGCACUUGCCAACACACCUUCUGUCCUCCAGCGCAGCUGCCGUCUGGGACAAUACUCUCCGCUCCCAUUGGUCGGCAGCGGCCGUGAUGUCAGCAGUGGCCUGCCAUUCACAUGCAAAUAAGGCUAGCUAUAUGGAGGCCUCGAGCAGGCGCAUUGUGACGUCACAAAGAGACCAGGGAACGUUCUAUCAGUACAGUCACAUGGAGCGGGGGGACAGACAGGUGAGCGAUCUGUACACUCACUCUAUGUAUUCCUUACUGUGCUGGGGACCGGGCAUCCGGCCGGCCGGAGCCUAACUCAGGGAUAUACCAACGUUGUGAAGGCCCAGGGUGUGCCAAGGACCCGUAUCCCUGUCUAUGGGAGUAGUGUGUGCCUUGGGCCUGUAUCCCUGCCCUGUGCAUGGGAGCAUUGUGAGCUGUGUGCAACAAUCCCUGCCCCGUGCAUGGGAGCAUUGUGAGCUGUGUGCAUGGGAGCAUUGUGAGCUGUGUGCAUGGGAGCAUUGUGAGCAACAAUCCCAGCUGUGUGCAUGGGAGCAUUGUGAGCUGUGUGCAACAAUCCCAGCUGUGUGCAUGGGAGCAUUGUGAGCUGUGUGCAACAAUCCCAGCUGUGUGCAUGGGAGCAUUGUGAGCUGUGUGCAACAAUCCCAGCUGUGUGCAUGGGAGCAGUAUAUGCCAUGGACCCAUAUUCUAGCUGUGUGCAUGGGAGCAGUAUAUGCCAUGGACCCCUAUCCUGUGUGCAUGGGAGCAGUAUAUGCCAUGGACCCAUAUUAUAGCUGUGUGCAUGGGAGCAGUAUAUGCCAUGGACCCAUAUUCUAGCUUUGUGCAUGGGAGCAGUAUAUGCCAUGGACCCCUAUCCUGUGUGCAUGGGAGCAGUAUAUGCCAUGGACCCAUAUUAUAGCUGUGUGCAUGGGAGCAGUAUAUGCCAUGGACCCAUAUUCUAGCUGUGUGCAUGGGAGCAUUGGAAGCCAUGGACCCCUAUCCUGUGUGCAUGGGAGCAGUAAAGACCAUGGACCUCUAUCCUAGCUGUGUGCAUGGGAGCAGUAUAUUCCAUGGACCCCUAUCCUAGCUGUGUGCAUGGGAGCAGUAUAUGCCAUGGACCCAUAUUCUAGCUAUGUGAAUGGGAGCAGUGGCCCCUAUCCCUGGUUUGUGCACAAGACCAGUGUAUGUCAUAGGCCUGUACCCUGUUCUGUGCAUCCUGUAGGGGACCAGUAUAUGCAUUUACUUGCAGGAUUCCUGUCUGGUCUACACUGGACUUGUCUAGAUGUGAAGGAAGGCGUACAUGCAUGUGUCUUGAAGGGAAUAUUCAGUAUGUGCACUUAGUCCACUAAAAAUAUGCACAGUAGAUGCACUCUGUGUCCUUGUUGGGAAUUGUUGGAAGCUAAAAUAUUUGGGCACAAUAACCAGAUUGCUUAAAAAUGAAAUCCAUGUUGAUACCCACAAAUUCUCAGUUAAGUGAAUACUUAUGUAAAUUUGUUUUUAUUUUUUUGCAACACAUUCUCAAUUUACUGCAAUCCCCUGUCUCUUUAUCCCCCAAACUAUUUAUAAUAACACAAGAAGCAAGAAAUGCUGUCUGGAAUGCAAAAUUAAAAAAUAAUGUAUCCCAGAUACCUUGUAUGUAUCUUUAGUUUAUUCAUGUUGCUCUAUUACCUGGUGAAUGUUCUUUGUGAGGUUAUACUCUUGUCUUGAGAAAACGUUUCCUGUUGAGACUGAAACGUUUAUACGUUGUGAUUACCUGAUUUUGGAGUUAAUAAAGCACUGAAAAGUUUGAUUUUUAAAAUUCUGACCGUGCGCUUCUCCUUGUUUGGUAUAAUUAGGGCCGGUUGCUGUACCAGAGUACGCACGGAUUAACUAAACUGUGUAUGCUCAGUUAUGAGUUAUACUCAGUUAUGAGUUUUCCCUUGUGACAUGAGAGCGUGCUUGUGUCGGUUCACUGUCCCAUUCCACUACUUUGUCUGUGAAUGGCUUAUCAUGCUUUUUUUGGUUUGGAAAUGAUUGUAUUACGUAGUAGUGACCUAUGUUUAGAGGUUGUUGUGUGUGUUUGUUUUUUUUUUUUUUCAUGAUGACAACUUGCUUCUUUGUCUAUUAGACAAAUUUGUAGAACACAAACCAAAAUAUGAAACUCAUUAAGGUUGUAUAGUCAGCAGGCAUUUGUCAAGAGUCAAUUGCAUACCUGCGGCAAAAUAUAAUCUGUAUUGCUUAUUAUAAAUAGUUUUUUUUUAUUUUGUGUGUAAAGUAGCUCUGUAAAAAAGUAUUCACCAACCUAAAACCAUUUUAUUUUGUAGUAAACCUUUAAUAAAUAGGUUUAUACAACAGUAAGAAAAAAAGUGUAUUUAUGAUACUAUACUAAUAUAGUAAAUUAAAUAUUAGAUAUUAUAGGGCUAGGUAAUUGUGUGUGGGAGAGGGGUAUGGGGGGACAGCUGGUGGAUGAUGUCUAUGGCACCAUGAGGGUACUGUAAGUGAGAACAGUUGCAUGAAAUUAAUGUAACUGACCAAUGUUGGACAGCAUUGAUAUUGUCAAUGUGGAAUAGUGAUAUGGACAUCGAAGGGCUGGACUAUGUGCAUCUGGAGGACCCUUGGUUUGUGCCAAAUCAUUUGAAAACAAUGCCACUACCAACUUAAUAAAACAUGGGUGGCAAAAGUAUGCCAUCCUAUAUGAACCCAAUGUAAACAUGUUUUCUAAACCGGUGAAAGGCUCAAAUGGCAAGUGAAAAUUAACUCCAGAGGAGUAAAAUAAAUUCACUGGAGGACUUGAAAUAUCAAGGACUGCUUUUGAAGUAUUCAGUGUGCCAAAAUGUAUUAUAUUUGGCAUCUAAAUCUCAUAGCAGCCACAAAAAUCACAGUAUAUAGUGUGUGUGUGUGUGUGUGUGUGUGUGUGUGUGUUAUCAUCAUUUACACUACAUGACCUCUACCAUCCAUUCAAAACCAUGUCAAGCAUGCAUACACCUUUUUUUUUUUUUUUUGGUUGUACAUAGAUAACAAGUAUACAAUACAAAUCCUAAGUACCAUGACAACUAUGAAUUGUGUUUGUCAGCCCUGGCCACCAUAGGGUCCCCCCAAGUCUGCUGGCUGUGAGCAAUAGAAGCAGUGGCGAGGGAGCUGUAAGCUUCUUGCUCUGGUCCCUCGCACGCCCUGUUGUGAUGCUGGGAGUCGGAAUAUGACAUCACUAAAUAGGAUGCAGAGCAGGCAGGUAAGGUAGUGUUUACAUUGAAAAGCCUGCUGGACAGGCUAGAGAUACCAGAACCACUACACUAAGCUGUAGUGGUUCUGGUGACUAUAUGACUAUAGUGUCCCUUUAAGAUUUAUAUUUUUGUUAUAUAAAUCUGUUUAAAAAACAAAACAAAAAACCUGGCUCCUAAGUUUUGUGGGGUUUUUUGUAUUUUUUUUAAGCUGGCUCCUAUAUUUAAAUUAAAUUUGUCAAGCACUGCCGUACUAUGCACAACUAAUUAUUGAAAUCAUGGCAGUUGUGCUGUAUACUUGUGAUCAAUUUACUCCAAUUGAUUUCUGUGGGGGAGCUGGAUGCAAAGUAGUAGUAACUGUAUGUAGUAUGCUUGAAUGAUUGUGUUGGGGGAAUCAAAGUACUAAUAAAAAUAGUAAUAAAGAUUUUGACAUAUCCGCUAGCUUGCUUGUCAAGCUAGGAUACAUUAUUCCAAAUUUGGUUACAGUGUCCAUGUUAGUGAAAUAUUCACGUAGUGUCCGUUUAAUAAAGUACUAAACGGAAUUUAGUCAGAAUGGAAUAUAAAGUUCCAUUUGAAUUGACUCCCUAAUACAGUACAUUUAUACUGUAAUGUCUCUUUUAAUUUGUGUGUUGUAUGUGACCCUUCUAAUUGAAAAUGUUUAUACUAGGUAGCUCAGAAUAAAUGAUAUCCUACAUUUAGGCAAGAUAAUACUACAGCAAUUCUAGCCAUGUUGCUGACCGUAUUGUUAGAAUUUUAAAGUAAUGCUUCCUUCCUUUGACACCUCCUUUAGAUAUCCUGUUGUGUUUAUAUGGGAUCACAUUUCAAGGCCAAAGGCACAGACUUGGGUAGUCCUAGCAGAUGGCUGUCUGCUUUUGAGGCAAUAAUAAAGGGCUAGGGUGUCCUUUGAAAUGUCCCAGUGAUAAAAGGCAGUGUACACAAGUAAUCAUGGCUACUAUCACAAAUGUGCUUCUGCAAGGAACAAAUGCACACAGUGUAAAAUCAAUUUAAACACAAAUCACUGUUUAAAGGGACAAAAUGUAAAACAUUUUAAUGGGGAAAAAAACGGCUAAAAUAUUUAAGCUUUAAAGUAUAUUUCUUUGACUUUUUCUUUCUUAAAGCACAAUGGACUGUCUGGAAGAAAUGUGGGGGGAACAGUGAUAGAAAGAUUAAUAAUAGCUUGCUAGAGAUAUGGAGAUUAGAGGGGCUAUAGGAAAUGAGAUGUGAGCAAAAUAAAAUAUGUGCAGGAAGACCAGUAGUAAAACAAGGGGACUUUGAUGGAGCAGUAGAAAAGAGGAGGGGAACACUUUAAGAGGGUGGAGCACUGACAGAAAGUGUAAGGGAGGUGGAGAGUUUGAGUGCCAGGGCUGCAAAAUGUCUGGGCAUUUAGGAGAUCUACAGACAGUCUAAGUGAACUGGCAACCUAGCUGACUGUGGGUAAGAGACUUUGAGACUAAAAUAUUAGCACGUUCUUCCUUUUGUUAAUUGUUCCUGGAGAUACCAGUAGAAAAGCUUAGCUUUACAUUUUGCAUAUUCAAAUGAAUGCAUCAAAAGGUAGUCAAAUGAGUAACAGAACAAAUAAUUCAUAUGCAAUGUGAAUUAAAAUUCCAUCAGAUUGUGAGCAUCUUAAAUUUAGCAUAUGUGACUAAUGUAUCAUUUUCAGUAACCCAAGUCUGGUAUAUAUUGCUGAUAUCAAUUGUCAGACUUAUUUGUAGCUUUGGGCAUUCAGUAGAAUGUUUUAGUAGAGAGAUGGAACUUUAGAUUUGUAAAAGUGACAGUAUGUUUUAAAUACAACCUUCAGUGGAUUGGUAUUUUAGGGUUUUUGUGCUGAUGGUACAUGUACUAAUCAGUAAUAAUGUAUACAAUGUCUACUAGUUCUGUACUGUUUUUGGUUUGAGGGUUAUUAAUGUUGCAUAAUAACAACAUAAUAAAUUAUGUAUUAAAGUGAGAAUUGUCAAGAACUGAAAGUGAAUUUCUAAUUUAAGGACAAAAUAGCUGAAUUUUUCCAGUUUGUCUAUUUUGGCCUUAAAUGUGAUAAUCGCUUUGAAUUUCUGACAGUUCUGCUAAUCUGUCUUUUAAAAAAAAAUAAAAAAAUUUAGUGAAUAAAUAACCGAAUUGCAGAAUGUAGGCUAAGAGUAAUAAGAUGAAGAAAAAUCUUAAAUUCAGUUAUAGUGUGUUAUUUUCACAUUGCUGAUAAUGUUGUCUUUCAGUGAACCACAACUUAGCCAUGUUUAGUGAAUACACCCCUUGGCUGUAACUAGAUGUUAAUAACUUAUUUUGUGUUUGUUGUCUUUUUGUGUGGGUAGGUUAAAAGGAUUUAUAUGAUCACUGUCUAGACUGACACAGAGUUAUGAAGGUAACUUUAAUUUGCUGUUCCUAGUUAGUUUUUGGUUUUUUUUUUUUCCCCUAACCUUUCUCCCCAUUUAGCAUUUUGGUUGCUUGGUUUGUAAAGUUCAAGGAACUGAACAAUUCAGUUCAAUUAAUGACAAGUCAUUGAGAUGAUAAUGUAUUCUUGCUGGGCGUUUUAAAGAAGCUAUUGACAGAGUUAAUUAUACAACUUCUAUAGAUCUAGAGCUCUUAACCGGAUGUAGACAAUACAUGUCCUUUUUUUUUUUUUUUUUUUACAAUGAUUUUAGAAAUUAUAUAAAUCAUUAUUUUUCUAUAGGUUUUAAGUAUUCUGACACCGUAUCUGGCAAAUAUAUUUUAAGUACGCUUGGAUGUAUUUACUACAGUGGCUUUUAUGAGCUAAUUCUUUCAUUUAAAAUAGCUUUAGGAUAGCUAAAUGAUAAUACAACUUGUUGGGACUUAGAGGAACACUAUAGCUUUAGGAAUACAAACAUGUAUUCAUAACUCUUUAUUGUCCUGCUACCUAUCUACAUAUUGUUCUCCCCCUCCCUUGACGUUUUGAAAGGCCUCGCCAUGCCAGUGUCCACGAUGCCGUUCCACCUCCUUGACUGAGCUCAUGAUUAUCUCAUCCAUACCAAAGCUUCCUCAUAGGGAAGCAUUGGGAGGCAGUAAAACACUACGCCAAUCAAAUGCUGCUCUAGGAGAAACUUUUGAUCUAUAACAGAGUUUGACUCCGAUAUAGCAGGGAAAGUGCCUAUAGUGGCUGUCUUCCUGACAGCCACCAGAGGCAUUAUAAUUUUGCUAUGUUCUCAAUAUUUUUUCAUGCUUAAAAAUGGUGGUGAAGGUGACUUUAGGGUCUCUUUAAAGCAGAUCUGUCACUUUUAAAGGUCUGCAUAUUUUGCAGGAAGGUGACAUCUCCAGUUAGGGUGCAGUUGCCAAGUGGUGUAGUGGUAGUUAGGUUUACCUACCCGAAGUGGUUAUUCAUGGCUGCCUCAAUCUUAUUCCUGCAGGCCUUCUUCUUCCUGCUACAUAUGCCAGACGCCGCAUCAGUUCUGUACACUCACGUGUGUGCGAGGGUGUAACACUGAGGUGUAUGGAGGAUGCGCAAGAGCCUCCUUAGACAGCAAUGAGUGGCAUGAUGACUGAAUCCCACAGCUGUCAAUUGUUACGGCUGUUAGGAUUGGACAAAAGUUGAUGGCGGAGAUCUGCGUUUUCUCAACCUUAAGACAAAGUAGUCCCUACUUUUUGUUUUAUGGUGUGGUUUGUAUUUUUUGGACUGCGUUGGAAUGUCAUUAAAAUUCCAACAGAGCCAGCAUGAGUUUUGCUUAAAAAACAAUAUAUCUCUCUUGUAUAUGAAGUGAGAGAUGCUUUAACUCACUAGGAAAAUUGUCUUGCAUAUGUCUCCUAGUAAAUGUCUACCACUGUAUUCACAUAAAUUCACUAAACCUGGAAUUACAGAGAACUAACAAGUGAAUGUCAACCUAUAGGCUGUAUUGGAAAAUGCGUUAACUCAGGUUUUCUUGUUGUGGUGGUGUGUGGGCGUCAUGAGUUUUCUGCAAUUCCCAGUUUAGGGAAUAAACUUGCAGUGUUCUUACUUUAUUAAAAUUGACAAUUGUAAGUACUUCCAUGCGUCAUUAAAUAUACCAUAAUUAUCUAUUUUUCUAGACGAGGAAGCCUCUGGUGGAGAAGAGGAGGAGAGCAAGAAUUAACGAGAGUUUGCAGGAGCUGCGGGGCAUCCUUGCUGACACAGAGGUGUGUUCCAGUGUUUUUAAAGUUUAAGCUCGAGGCCUGCAUAUGUUCAACAUUCUGAAUACCAAAACCAUAAAGAAUUCUAUGAAAAGGGGGCAUGAUGCACCGAUUGAGCUCUAUAUACAGUACCAAAACUAUUUGUCACUUAAUAUUCUAGAUGGCACUGUUCAAGCAUCUGGGAAUAGUUAACUUUUUUUCCCCUGCUCUGUAAACAGACGUACUCUACCGGCAUACUCGCCCAGCAAUAGGCUGCAAAGGUGGGAGUAACCUAUCCUGCCUCCGUCUUCCAUAAUGGAGUAAAAAUGCUCUCUGGGAUUUAAGGUUUUGAUUACAGAAGAAGUGCAAUGUUAUUGCUGCCAGUAGCGGUCAAAUAUUUCUCCUUAUGCAUUUAAUUAUGUGAAUAGAUAUUUUGUAUUGUACAUCGCUACGGAAUUUGCUGCCGCUAUAUUAUUAUUGUUUACGCAAACGUAAUGAAUUUAUUUUUCUUAUAUUUUUAGUUUCAGUCAAAAAUGGAGAAUGCUGAAGUUCUAGAAUUGACUGUGAAACGUGUACAGAGGAUCCUUCAAAGCAGGACAGCUGGUGAGUGUCUGCUGCAGAGCUUUAUAGGAUGCAUGGCCAAAAUGGCAUAACUACAGCUCAUAUGAUGCUUUAUAGUUCUACAAUAGCCAUCUAUGCACUCAAGUUUACAUAGAAACUUGUCCGGGAUAAUAUAGGUUUAAAGGGACAUUAUAGUCACCCAGACCACUUCAGCUCAAUGAAGUUGUCUGGGUGCCAGGUCCCUCGGGUUUUAACCCUUCACAUGUAAACAUAGCAGAGAAACUGCUAUUUUUACAUAGAAUGAUUAAGCCAACCUCUAGUGGCUGUCUUCCUGACAGCCGCUAGAGGCACAUCUGCGACUCCAGCGUGCAGAACGUCCAUAGGCAAGCAUUGAGAAAUGCUUUGCUAUGGACUGUUUGAAUGCGUGUGCAGCACUUGCCGCGCAUUUGCAUUCCGCUCCACUCUGGAGCUGAUGUUGGCGAGGGAGGUAAGUGGCUGAAGGGGUUUUAACCCCUUCAGCGCCAAGUGAGAGGGACCCUGAGGGUGGGGGCACUAUAGUGUCAGGAAAACGGGUUUGUUUUCCUGACACUAUAGUGAUCCUUUAACCCCUUAAGGACACAUGAUGGAAAUAUUCAGUCAUGAUUCCCUUUUAUUUAAGAAGUUGUGUCCUUAAGGGGUUCAUAUAGGUAACAAUGUAUUGUGCCCUUGCCAUUUUUCUUUUGGCAGCUCCAGGAUUAUUUUCAUUUGGGUGUACCACUCUCCUUUAUGGGAAAACAAAUAUUAAUAAAUUUCUCUAAUUUUACAGAUUCUGAAAGGUUACAGCAUGAGGCCAGUGAGCGUUUUGCCGCAGGAUACAUCCAAUGCAUGCAUGAAGUGCACACGUUUGUGUCCAACUGCCCUGGUAUAGAUGCCAGUCUAGCUGCUGAGCUGCUCAAUCACCUACUGGAGUCCAUGCCUCUAAGUGAGGGUAGCCUACAGGAUCUAGUUCUGGAUGUGCUGCUAGAUUCUCCAAAUGCUGAGGCUGGAUAUGGUUUAGGGAUGCAAGCAUCAUCUUCUGAGGACAGUUGCUCUGACACAGAAGACACAGAAAUUGGAAAAGGUGUCCAUGGGACUGUGCAGGACAGUGACCGAACACCUGAGCUUAAGCCCCCUACACCUACAAUGUGGAGGCCAUGGUGA